AAAAGGAGGGAUGAGGAGACGGUUAAGACGGGAGAGAGGGAGCUCACACACACACACACGCACACACACCCUGACACACACACAUAGAUACAGAGGUGACCGUGACGUCAAACCGGAGCCCAGCUGACUCGCUCGCUCCGCCGUGCCUCGCGCUUUUCUGCACAUCCACUCCACGCGGCUGCUGCUGCUGCACGCCCUUUAAACACCGAGGAGGUGGAGGAGGAGACGGCAAGGCAAAAGAAGGAGAAGAAGAGGAAGGAGAGGGGCUCAUACAGUGAGGAGGAGGAGGAAGGAGGAAAGAGGCUCUUGUUGUCAUCCUCGCGCGCGGCACGGGGACGUAAAGGACAUCGUUGUUGUUUUUUUUUUUGGACACGUUCAAUGGAGACGAGGAGAGGAUGAUUGUGACGGAGUAUUGUGUGUCUUAGCAUCACCUCCUCCCCUCUCCUCUCUCCUCUCCUCUCCUCUCCUCCUCCUUCCUUCCUUCCCUCCUGAGCCAGCCAGGUGUUGCAUUCAAGCGCGAGCUCCUCGUGUGGAUGGAGAGGCUCGAGCAGGAGGGCUGAUCCAUCCACGCUGCGGAGCUUACACACACACACACACACACACACACACACACACACACACACACACACACACACACACACACUCGACACUGAUCUUGUCCAGCAACAACAAGUUGAUGAAUGUGAUUUGGAGCAGGAGCGCCGCGGGUUCACGAGCGGAUUCUAUCAGCUGUUUUUUUGUUUUCUUCCUCUCGGACCUUAAACCGGAUCUGUCUCUUUCUGUGGAGUCUCUUAUCAUCGCUGAAAACCAGGGAUUUAUCUCUACAUUUGUGCUUUUUUGUGCUGCACUCGCUUAAAGAAGAGCAUGUCUGAGUAGAAAAAAAACGGAACCAGCUGUGCCAACGACGCACACGCGAGAUUUCAGGGUGAAAUCUAAACAUUUUGUUCCUGCUGUCCCCUCUCCUCUUUUUUUCUCUCUCUGCGCUGCUCGCAUCAGGAGCGUCGUGUGAUUAUUUUGCGCGGACUGGCUCUCCGUGACGCCGCGGCACCCUGAUGGUGCGGACGGUCGGCGCACGGUGGCUCGAGCUGCUGCUGCUUCUUGGACACGCCACCCGGUGAUUUUCUCAGACACGGUGCACGCUGGUGGGGGUUGAUGUGAGACAUGCUUUCACACUCGAGUGGGAUUUACGCGGUGAUUUCUCAGCGGAAUAACGAUGACCUCCAACCGCGCUUUCCCCCGUGCCGUGCUCGCCGCAGCCCGGUUCGACGCGCAACGCUGGACGUCGUCUCCCCAGAAUCGCUGAGUUAACUCACAACCCACCGGGAAGGGAAGGUGACAUUAACGACACAAGAGAGACAGACUUUAGCGGCACAGCAGCGAUGGAGCUGUCCGAGGUCCGGUGCUCCAGCGCGAGCGAGGAGCUGUACACCAUCAACAAGACCCCGAGCAGCAGCAACAACAGCAACAGCAGCGGCAGCGGCGGCAGCGCGCGUCCCAAACGGCUGCUGUGGCAGAACGCGGUGCGGCACAUCACGGAGCAGCGCUUCAUCCACGAGCAGGGCGGAGGAGGGGUGAAGGGCAUCGGGUCGGACGAGCCCUACGACCCGAGUCAGCAGGACGCGAGGAAGCACUCGGCGGGGCGGACUUCAGUGGGGGACCGGCACAACAACGGCGGGACCAAGGUGUUCCCAGAGCGCGCCAGCAGCGACUUGGGUUUUCUGCAGAUCGACUGCGCGCCGAGCAACUCCGACUUCUUCCUGAACUGGGGCUACACGUACCGGGGCGUCAUCUUCCCCACGCUGCGCAACGCCUUCAAGUCCCGCGACUUGGAGCGGCUGUACCAGCGCUACUUCCUGGGCCAGAGGCGCAAGUCCGUGGUGGUGAUGAACAUCCUGGACGUGGUGACCAAGAUCACCCUGCUGGUGCUGCACCUCACGCUGGCCUCCUCUCCCAUGGACCCCAUUAAAGGGACUCUCCUCGGCUUCUUCACGGGCAUCGAGGUCGUCAUUUGUGCCUUAGUGGUGGUGCGGAAGGACACCACGUCGCACAGCUACCUGCAGUACAGCGGCGUGGUCACCUGGGUGGCCAUGGCCACGCAGAUCCUGGCGGCCGGGCUGGGCUACGGGCUGCUGGGAGACGGGGUGGGAUACGUGCUGUUCACGCUGUUCGCCACCUACAGCAUGCUGCCGCUGCCGCUCACCUGGGCCAUCCUGGCGGGUCUGUUCACCUCCGGGCUCCACAUCCUGGUCCAGAUGCUCAUCUCCCAGAGUGCGCAGCUCUCCACCAACCAGGUAAGACCUCACCUGUCCUCUCCUCCUUACAUCCUCAUCUCCUCUCAUCCUUUCCUUCUUUCCUUCUUUGACCUUUAUCUCCCCUCUUUACCCCACAUCCUGCCUUUCCUUCUCUCUCUCUGUCAUCUUCCUCUUGUUAUCCUCUCUUGACCUCCUCUCCUUGCCUCCUCGUCUGUCUCCUUCUUCCUCCAAUAACUCUAAUCAUUUCCUCGUCUCUCACCUCCUCUUUUUCCUAUUUUUACCCCCUUCCUCCUUCCCCCUCUUUUUAUCCACCUCCUUCCUCCUCUCACUAAAUUUCCUGUUUCCUUCCUUAACCUUCCUCCCUUCUCUCCUCAUCCACAUUCCUUCACACUCCUGUUCUUUUGCACUUCUGUCCUCUAUCGUCUCCUCCUCUCAUCCUCCCUUCCUCCUCUCUUUUCUCACCCAAACCGGUUUUCUCCUCCCCCCCUCAAGUCUUCAGAGACUCUCUGAUUUUUGUCUCACUCUUUGUCGUUGAACGUAAACAACAGGUUUGGAUUUUCAUGUUUACCUGAGCUGUUUACUGAAUUAGAGUUGAAGGUUUGAGGAUGAAGAUGAUGAAGAUGAGGAUGAGGAGGUUCAGUGUGAAAACAAACUGACUGUGACUGCUGAGGUUUCAGCACCAGGAGCUGUCCAACACACACUCACACACACACACACUUAUAAACACACACACUGUCACACACACACUGAGGUCCUGAAAUGCACCUCAGCUCCAAACAGGUUCAGCUCCCCCUACUGGAGAAAAUAGUCAUUAAAAUCUGAGCAAAACAUCCUUCUUCCUUCUUUCCUUUCUUCCUCUCCUUUACCAUUUUGCUUCCUUCUUCCUUUCCUUACUUCUCUUCCUUUCCUCUUUCUUCCAUUCUUACUUCUAUCCCACUCAUCCUCUUUCGUUUGUUUGUUUCAUUCCCUUUCCCCCUCUUUCUUUUGUUCUUUUUCUGUCUUUCUCUCUUUCUAUCUCCAUUUUUUCUUCCUUUUUUUCUCUUCUUAUUUUCUUCCUUCCUUCCUUAUCUCUCAUUCUGCUUCCUUCCUACCUCCAUUCCCUAGUUUUUUGCCUUCUCCUCUUUGUCUUUCUUUCCUUCCCUCCUCCUUCCCUCCUUGCUUCAUUCUUUCUUUCUUUCCUUGAUCCCCCUUCCUUUGUACUGUCCUCUUUCCUCCUUCCCUCCUUUCUUCUUCUUUCGUUCCUUCCUCCUUUAACCUUCUUUUUGUCCAUCCUCCUUCCCUCCUUGCUUCAUUCUUUCUUCCUUUUCUUGAUCCUACUUACUUUCUUCUUUUCUCCUUCCCUCUUUCCUUCUUUCUUUCUUCCUCUUUCGUUCCUUCCUCCAUUUUUCUCUUUCUUCCUUUCUCAGACUACAGUUUGUUUAGAUCAUAUAACAGGUGUGUGUAGAUUUACUGAUCUCAGCUGAUCAUAUUUCUCCGAGAAAUUAACAGUCAAAGCGAGACGCUGAAGUAAACCGAGUGAAGAGAUAAAGUCAGAGUCUGUCUUUGAUUCGCAGGUUUGAGCUCCUGUUUAGUCUGCAGAUUCAGUAAUGAUGCUCACAAAUGUACACAGUGUUCACAGCGCGGCGUUACAAACAAACAAAAGUCACAUCUGACCGUGUCGGCUCAUGAAAACGAAGCACGCGAGGCCGCUCUCAAAGACCGCCGUCUGAGUCAUGACUUCUUCUCACGAGCCCGCUCGAUGCAGCUCUGAGUCAUGGCUGUGCAGACGAGCAGGAACCUCCGAAAAUACUCGGAAACUCAGCGGGCUGCAGCACUGAAAACACACGGAGCGUGCUCAGUCGGGCUCAUGCUGCCUGGGCUAAAGGGCGGGAUGAUGAUCGGAACCCUGUCCGGCGUCUCCCAGCCUCACGCUGAAUCCCAUCAUGCUUCACUCCUCUGUCUCAGCUGUGUGGCCGCAGAGAGAACUGUGGAUGUGCUGCAGCUGACUGGACGCUGCGCUCUGUGUGUGUGUGUGUGUAUAUGUGUGUGUUUUGUUGAGUAGCUGAGGGGGGAUUUCCCAGCUUCCCUCUGUGCGGUUCAGCUGUGUCAAUCUGCUGGCAGAGAGCCUCUCGGGGGAAAGGUCAAAGGUCGAGUGUGCUGUUUGCUGCAUGCUGGAGUCCGGCUCAGUCCGAUCAGACUCUGAGAGCCGAUCAUUGCGGUGCUUUAUGCAGAUCAAUACAGCUGCUGAUAUCCGUCAAUGAGCCUGUAAAAGCUUUUCCAUCGGCUGAUCCGGACGCCAGCAGCGAUUCAGUCCACCAGUCCAGUUCUUUACCGACUCCCCUGUUGGUAAAGAACUGAGUGGGGGAAUCAGAGGGCCUGUAGCCGGUCCUGGUACAAACUGGGCCUUGGUCAGCCUCGGGCAGCGAGGAACAGAGCAGGAGGAGGAGGAGAGGAGAUUCACUGGACUGUGAAUUCCCCAGAACAUGUCAUGAUCCCAGACACAACAGUGCCGGUUUUUCGGUCCACAUGGAGCACCACAUGCCCCCCAACCAGUUACCCAGCACCUCUUACACAACACAUCAGAACACGACAACGACAGUUUGAAUAAUUAAAGGAGAUGAAUGUUGCUUCUCUAGUUAUACCAACUUUAGUAACGACCGCACAAUAGCAAUACACAGCGGUCUGAGGAGCCAUAAACAAACUUCAACCAAAACGCCACUCUAUAGCCACAAAUAAUGCUCAGAACAGCACCUAACUUCAUCAACAGGACAUAUAGGGUCACAGUCAUAGUACUAGACACCAAACAUCUUUUUAACUUUGACUCAUUUCUUUAUCAAAGAGACUAAACACAACUCACCUACUCUCUUCCAGCAGCCGCUUGUUUGUGGAGCUCAGGCCAGUCCAUUAUAGACUACAGCGGGGUGACGCAGCUCAAGGAAGAACAUUUAUGAUCAUUUCUUCAUGGAAAUGCAGUCAGACCGAGACGCUAAGAUUCAGAUUCAGACAACUUUAUUCAUCCUCGAAGGGCAAUUCAGUUCACAGUAACCCGCCUUGUUGUUCAAACAACGAUCAGGAACAGACAAAUACCAGACAUUCAUAAUAGCAUAUGGCCCAAACAUUCCCCUGUCCGCACCACAAAUCAGCAAUAAAUAAAUAACUACAUAAUAAAUACAUGUGCCAUGCGUUCAAAGUGGAAAGACUGAAAAUGCAAUUAAAAAAAUAAUGCGAUAAAAAGAGUAAAAUAAGAACGAAAACAAUCCUGAGACCCUGAUUCCAGCACCCCAAAAUCCAACACAGGCCCUGGUCUCUACUUCUCAGUGUUUAGCAGCCUGAUCGCUGAGGGGAUAAAUGAGUUAGAGUACCUAUUGGAAUACUUAUGCAGUUGAUGGACUCACCCAUACAAACAAGCGGCUGCUGGAAGAGAGUAGGUGAGUUGUGUUUAGUCUCUUUUCUAAAGAAAUGAGUCAAAGUUAGAAAGAUGUUUGGUGUCUAGUACUUUGGCUGUGACCCUAUAUGUCCUGUUGAUGAAGUUAGGUGCUGUUCUGAGCAUUAUUUGUGGCUAUAGAGUGGCGUUUUGGUUGAGCCCGUGGCUCUCUGUAUUGAUAUCAUGCGGUUGUUACUAAAGUUGUUAUAACUAGAGAAGUAAGAGGUCGGUAAAAUUCAUCUCUAGAGGGGUUGUCUAACUCGGAGUUACGGUGUGUUUGACACUAAAUUAAUUUUGUUUUUUCACUGACGACGCCCGUCUUUACGUUGAUGAUAAUCACAGUAGAUCUCUCCGUGAGUAAAUAAGUGCUUUUUUGUUUCAGUCUUGAGCUCAUUUAUUAGCUUCUACUCACACUGCGAUGAGUCUGAGUUCGUGCCGUUAUUAUGAGCAUUAACUUGCUGAAAACUGCGGGCGGGUGGGGGGAUUAUUUUAGCAUCGCGUGUUGAGUCGAGGCGACCUGAGAGCGCUCUGAGUUCAGGGCUUUACAUGAUCGGUCUUAAUUCUGCUAUGACUCACACUUGCUGUGCCGCGUUCGGGCGAAAGCAGCUGGACGGACUCGAAGUCAGAGAGGGGAUUAGGACGGCUCAUACGGCACUCCUGGGGCGAGGAGGACCGGGGGGACGCUGUGAAAUUAAACAUCCUCAACUCAAGCGGUGCUAAUCUACUCUUAUUAGCUGUGUUUGCAGAAGGAUUGGGGGGGAACAUAUAACACACACAUUAAAACCAGAGCGGGGAGACCAGGACUCUGACAGGCGGUUUAAUUAGAGAGGAAAGUUUGGGAAUUCUCAGACCUCUCAAAAACUGAGUUAGAUUUAAAACUGAAUAGAAACAGCCUUGGUGUGAUUAAGUAUUAGAUUUUUUUCUUUUUUAUUAGACAGGUAAGGGUCUCAGGAGGAUCUUUAACAGACUCAUUAAAGGUGGGGUUGGCAGGAAUCAGUUAAAGAAGGCUUUUAAUAUCAGUCAAUAGUUAUUACUUAUUGACGACAUUUGGCAAUAUAACGAUAUCGCUGUGUUCUCUUAUGUCUGUGUAGUCAAUAUUUCAACAACAAACACAAGCAACAAAACAAAGUAAAUACCAGAGACUCUGGAGGAAUAACAGACGCUUAAAAAGGAGGUAGACCGGACAAGAGCUAAAAAGCCGGGUCAACAUAAACGAUGGGGGGGCGCUUGGGGAUCUUGGUGACCCUGUAACCUUUCUGCUGGACAGGUAAACCGCUUGAACAAAGUAAGACAAGUGUCUGUAACAGAAGUGUUUCUUGUCAAACGGACCUGCUGUAGCGUGUUGUAGCGCCAUCGCUAAACUGUCCUCCCUCGGGUCCUGGACUAUGUCACUUUAUCCUAGUUAUAGAAGUCCUGCAAACAUUGUGUUUGCUGGUAGUCUGUUGGCAUCUACAGUAGCACCAAUGCUUUUGACUUUCACCUUGACUGGGCCCCAUUUGUAAUUAGUAAAUAAGUAUUUAUCUGCAAACGAAGCAGCCUCAGUUUCAGUCACUGUUGAAAAGCAAAUGCAGAUCAUUCUGGUUUUUGUUUACAGUUAAGUUAUGGUUAAAAUGGUGAGCAUAAACAAUCUUAUUAUGGCUGUUGUCUAUUGUUAAUUAACUUUUAAAGCUAUUAUCUUUGGUUCCAUCUUGGAUCAGCACAAUAGGUCUCCUUUGAGUUAAAUCCAACAUGAUAGACCCAAAGAUCUUUUUUUAAAUUCUUAAUUGUUCAGUCUCACGUCUGUAGAAGUGGAUUGAUUACGUUAUUAAGGCGAGGGCGGUUUGGUUUGGAGGAACUUUUCUCAAACAGUAGGCUCUCUCUCAUCCCUCCACCCCCCUCUCUCUCUCUCCCUCCAUCUCUGAGUCUUAUUCCCCCUGUCAGACUCAGAAUAACCUCCAUCGAUCCGCCUCUGUCUCUUUACAGCCUCUCCGUGCUCCUGCUGGCCCCACAUCCUUUGUCCUCGGCCCCUCCAGUGCUUCGGUAUUAGCUGCUGCGUUUCCUUGAAAACCUCGACUCCGAUACAGUCACGUCCCAUCUUCCCCCCUCUCUAAACAAUGAGCUCAUAUUGACCCGUUUCUCUUUUUUCACGUCCUCCUGAAAAGACUCCAAAUAGAAGUGACUGUGGUUCUGCGCCGGCUGCUGUAUUGAUGGCCGCUCUUUGUGCAGAAGUCAUUAAGCCUUUUUAUUUGCUGUUAAAUGAACAGAGGGGUCAGUAAAUAACCGAGUGGGCUCUGAGGAAGUGUGUGUUUUAGUGUUAGGUGUUGCUCUUGUGUUGCUAAGAGCAUUAUAAAACUGUCAAUAGCACUGUAUCUUUGUGCCUGUGUUCACUAUCCUGUUCAAACACACACACUCACUCAGCAGGAGCUUCACACUCGCCGAUCAGCCGCGCUUUGAGCUCGCCGCCGCUUCCCCUUUCAAGGUCAGACUCGGCUUACCUGAAGCGCCGUCUGCACCGAGGAGAUAGAGGGGUGGAAAAGAGCAAAGUGGGGGUUUUUAUUAAAGAGACAACGCUCAUGCAUUUUAAUCUCCUGCAUUUAGCAUGCUCAGAGUGUUUACAAAGGCCGUGUUUUCCAAAUCUAUAAAGCUGCUUUUCCUCUGAGAAGCUCAUGGGUGUUACUUUUUACACAGCUUUGCAGAGAUAAAACAACCUGAACGUCUCAGGCUGUGUUAGCGCCUAAAUAUAUCUUUGACACCUAUCGAGAAGCUUUUAUGAAAUAACUAUUUAAAAAAAUAACGCAUAUUUAUCUUGUACUGACAAAAAAACUAGCAUUUCAUUCAACAUUUCCUUAAAACCCUUUGUUUUGGCUGCUCUUACAUAGAUUUACUUUUGACACAGCUUUGCAAUGAGGGGGUCAUCCCUAAGCGUUGUCCUAAAAAGGCGCCAUAACCUGACAUCGGGUCGUGACCUUUUGGCGAAAUGACACGUUCGGCAUCACUUGUGUAUCUCAUGUUUGUCUUGGUUUAUCAUGGUCCUCCGAUGUUGUAACAUUAUGAAACUGUAGCUGUCUUGACACACCAAGCGCAAGUAAAAUCAUUUCCAAAGAAAAUACAAAGACACUUUUAAACGCUCCUACUACUUUGGCGGCACGAAUUGGGCAGGAGCUGAAAAUGUCUCAACUUGAGCAGAUUAUUGUUAAUCAGCACAAUGAUUGCUGGGUGACGUAUUAAAACGGACGGUUGUUCACUGGUUUCUAAAAUGGAGGACAAACUGAUCGUGUCGGUGUGCGGGAGGAGGUCGGAUUACCUGGUAAAUUUUAAAAAUCUUUGUCUAUCACUUGAUCCAGCCAAUUGAACUGGCAGGAAUAACCGUUAAACUUACCGUUGACGCACGAAUGAAGUGAGUAAAUAAUAUUUAUUCACGUGUCUAGAGCUGCGCGAAUUAAGUGAGUAGAUGAUUUUACUUGCGCUUGGUGUGAGCGCCCCAUAACCCCCGAUUUCCACUGCAACCAGAACGGCUGCGAUUUUCGCCAUACACCAAUUCCUACAGGAUACGUUUGUGGGACGAAAUUCGUAUCGGAUUACGGACAGCAGGAAUCGGAAGAAUUCACAAGAACCCACGGAUUCACGUGCAAAUGCGCGAUAACAAGUUGUCUUUAGCCACAGAGGCUAACCAUAUAACCAUAUAGACUAUGUCCUUCCAGAGGAGGAAAUCUACUUCUAGAUUUGGUGUCAUCGGGCUGAAAUUCUGUCUAAAAACCUUUCACUUGUUCGUCUCCGCCCGUUUUCAUGGCGUGAAAUACGAUCCUCCUGAAACACAGAGUGUUUUAUUUUGAAAAGAGGCCGGAUGUUUUAUUUUGUGUCUGUGCCUGACUUCCUUUCCAGCACGGGUUAAUCUGUGCUGAAUUUAUCCGGCAUGGUCCGGCGUCUGGAAAAAAUAGAACUUAUGCGAUCAGCUGCGGAUCACGGCGAUCCGCAGUGGAAUGGAAAGAAGCCGGUGGAAAUUGACACGUUAACUUGAAUGGUUAAGAUCAGCUACGAUCGUCGGAUACGGCCUUUUCGUAGCCGUUCUGGAUGCAGUGGAAACUGGGGGUAAUAGUGCCAGCUCCUCCUGCUGAGGUUUUGACUCACUAACAACCUGCUCACUAAACACUCUCCCUCACACAUCAGAGAAUAUUUGCACGAUUGGACCGUUCCCCUGCAGACUGUAGUCACUGGUUGCUAUGCAGAGUUUCAGUCUGCAGACACAGGUUGAUUCUGACACACUUCCUGUUAUCUGGAGUCGUCGUGACCUUUAAAGUCUGACUGUCACUCAGAUGACGGCUCACCUCGUUCCUCUGUGGGCAGCUGAGCGUCUCCAGACUGACUCAGCCUGAUGAAAAAUCCCACCUCAGGGAGGAGGGGAAACGGGUCUAAAAGGUGAAGAGGGACAAAUCAGUGACUCCUCCCUUUACUUCUGCUCUUUCCGCCCUCCUACCCUCUCUUUCACCCUCCUCCUUCUCCUUCAUCUCGGCGGUGUCAUGCAAUUGAUCUUGGACAAUCUUGCUGUUACCAGACACUGCACUCAGCCGCUCUUAAUAUUUAAUGAAAGAUCAGGGCCAUCAACCACAGCAGCUUUUCAAGCUUUUAAUGGUGGAGUUUUCCAGGCAUGUUUUUUUUGCACUGUGACCUCCCAAGCAUUUCCACAAAUGGCAACAGGCGUAGAAGCUCUUACCGUACUUCUAUCAUGAAACGAUCUCAAACUCAGGGCAGGAGAUACUCGCAUUUCUUACAGUUUGAAAUCUGCAAUGCCGUUCUUCAAAGUUGGUAACUCAUAAGGUUAGGAAGUAGACCAGUAACUCCAGUAACUCCAGUCUCAGCGUCUGGAAACCUCCUAGAAAGUGAUGCAACAGUUGUUUCAAUUAUCAUAUAUAAUCAUAUGCCACGAGUGAGCAUUGUUGCGUGAGCUCUAACCGGCAGAUUGGAGCACAAAGCAAGUGAACCAAGGAGACGUGAGUCACUUCUGAUCCAUAAGUGUACAUGGGGAUCAGUACCACUUGCUGCCAAUAGGUGGCAUGUUGACUAUGAAGGAAAUAAAGAAGUAGAUGGAAGUCUGAAAUCAAAACUGUGAAAUCUGGAGGAGAUUGGGUAUUACACAUAAACGUGUUUUCCCACAAGGUUCGGGUCGCCAUCUUUUGAAUUUGAACCAUUCCGAUUUCUCGUUUUGAUUCCAGUUCCUAAUGACUCUUGAUUCCGAUUCUUUUAAAAGGCUGAAUUAAAAAAAAUGCAUGGUCUCAAUUAGGUGGCUUCUUCUUCGUAGGUGUUUGGCGGCUAUUUCUCUUGGUCGGGGGACUCGGCAUUAAAACUUGGAAUCAUAAUAAAAAAAUUUAAACAGUUCCAGUAGAAACAAAAUUUUAGUCCUUGUUCCCAUCGAUGCCUGAGACUCGAUGCCCAAGCCUCCACAAGGUGGCGCUAUGAACAAAGAUGAAAAAUACAAUAUAGAUGUAUUCUGGGGUAGAUUUAGAUAAUGUAAGUGCAAUCCUGAGCAGAUGCUAAACUGUACGAAGGUUACAUCAACUUCCUGUUUCACGACUAGUCGCUUAAGUACCGUAUUUUUCUGACUUAAAAUCCUUAAAUUUUCUCAAAAUUGACAGUGCACCUUAGAAUCCAGCGCGCCUAAUGUAUGAUUACUUUGUAUGGUGUUGCUGCUAAAUACAAAGCCUUAAAGGAAGCCAAACACAAGUUCGUAGAGUAUCAGCAGCAUCUAAGGAGUAUAGAAAUGUAAAUAAGCUGUAAACUGUGUCGGACUCUUUUUAAGUUAUAAAAACACUGAUUUGUGAGGGAACUUUCUUUGGAGCGAGUUCUUGGAUGUGGAUUUAGCCGUAGGUCUCGGUUCCCUUUUCGACUCACUCAGCCCUGUUUAAAUAAAAACCUCGAUGUAGCUCAGAGCUCCCAUAAACUGCUCUGAGGAGGUUUUGGCCUCGGUUCCUCGUUUGACAUGGUGGUAAUUCCUCGAGUUUGGUCAUCAGAGAGUCCAGAUGAACUUCUGUGUCUGUUUGGGAAACUGCAGCCCUCAGUCUGGGCACUAAACCCAUCAUUUGUUCUGGCUCAUUUCCCCCUCUCCUGGCUCUGCUUCAGGCUCUUUAAACCUUUUUGUGGAGUUUUAGUGCCGGGAGCGUCCUGACCUGAUAAAUGACACUUUAUUGAGUUUUAUCGCACAAUCACACCGUCAUCCUCCUCCAGGGAAACAGAAGCUACUUUCCUCUCUCCUCCGUCUUCUCUAGAGUUUGUAACUUCUGUAAAGACGUCUCAUCUUCGCGUCCAAACUCCCUGAAUCGUGUCACUUUUGAUGCGGCGUGUUCUGUGGCCAAAGUUACCUGCAAGUCAUCCAGAUUUUUUCUGCCAAGCGCUGACUCAACACACCCAUCCUCCACCUCCUCCUCCUCCUCCUCCUUCUCUUCUAUAAUGGUUCAUGCAGGCAGACAUUCAUCUCAAUGAAAGCUCCUCUUUGUGUCCCUUUCACUGAACUGCUGACAGAACCUUAUUACAGGUUAUUGUAUCACGGCUGGUAAAUCUAAGACGGCAGAAUGCACCCAGGUGAACUCUCAGCCGUGAAUUCGGCGGACUCAUUGAAUUUUUUGGAGACUCAAGCGAUAUCCAGCAGGCGGAGUAAAAUGUGCUUCAUCAGGGCGCCUGUGAGGCAUUUCUGCUGCACAGUCAGGAGCUUCUGAUCCAGGCUUUGAUAUGAAGCUUAACAGGUACUUCAGGUGUGGAGUUUUUAUACAGCGGGGAGAUUUUAAUUCCAACUUUGCCCCUCCUGCGAUCAAAGAGAUAUGAUAGGAACAUACAAAGUGAGUCCCGGUCAAAACUAGGGAUGGGAAUUAAUAAGAUUUUAUCGAUAUCGAUGCCAUUAUCGAUUCAAUUCUUUAACGAUUCCCUUAUCAAUGCCUUUCUUUGAUUUAACUAAGCUUUUAUUUUGAAGGGCAUAAAAUAACUGCUGGAAUGCAAGUAAUAAAACUGAAAGGAAACAGUUCAAAGCGCGAUAGGAGGGUUUAAAAGUUCAGAUUAUUAACAACCUGAAGAGGCACAAGCUCUUUUUGGAUGUAAAGGUUAGUUAUGGGGUUCCACAGGGUUCACUGCUAGGACCACUGGUGUCAUAAACAACAAUUAAAACCUGCAAGUGGCAAAAAAGAGCACUCAGUUUGUCAAUUAAAAAAAAAAGGUUGAAUUCCCUCAAAUUUUUAUGUCUGAAUUUCCUCCUUGAAGAACUUUCAGUACUUUGGUUUCAGAUUCAGGAUACGGGUAAAUGCUGGUCCUGGGUUUUUGUCCUUGAAAUGCAUUUUUAUGAUUAACUGCUGAUCUUCAUUCACAAUGCUGAGCAGUGCUGCUUGUCUGUAAAGUAAAUGUACUCAGCUGUUGCUCACGACCACAGCAGCAGACGGAUGGAAGAUGGAGAGACACAGUGAUGGUCCAGAAGGAAGUUGUUCAAAAGUAGAGCGAGUUAUUCAACGGCUGAAGUGCUGAUAUGAAGAUGAUGGUUAUUAAACCUGCAGAGAUGAAGUUUCCUCUCUCAGGGGCGCCACUUUUAGUUUCUACAGCACUUUGAAACGCGACACUGUUUGUCCAGUCAGGGCCUGAUAGCGUAUUGAGCGAGGUUUAGAGCUCAGAGUGAGGAUGAUUUUCGGCUUACUCCUCACAUUGAGGAUGAUUUCAGGCAGGAUUACCCCCCCUGGCUGUAAUCUAUUCAUAGCACCAGGCGGCAGCCAGCAGCACUCAGCGCUCUCCUCCGGGGUCAGCAUUUAAUGAGAUUACUUUUGGAUUACUGUUAUCUGUUUGAAAUGUGGAAAAUCAGCAGGUACUCCGAAAAGUGACUGAUAGGAGUUUGAAUUCAAUAAGUUCCCCGUAACUAAAAAACUCGUUUGAACUGAAGUCAGUGUUUGAAAGAGGAAAUGUCCUUUAGAGAGGAGACACAUUUUUCUUUUUCAUUAAAAAAAUUUCACCUUUGAAUCAUCAGUCAUGAUUUUUUUUGCCUUGAGAAGUUACCUUUGACCCUUUAGUGCCUGAAACCACAAAUUACUGCCCGAAAAUUCAAUUUUUUUUGGAGCUGAAAUGUUUAUUUCAUUUACUACUAAAACCAAAAAAAAUCUAAGGCCACAAAAACACAAUGUGGUCGAUAACGCUGUAAUGUGCAUGCCAGGUCGCUAGGUGGCGCGUGUUGGUGUAACCGCGCUCCCAUAUAGACCAACAAUGCAUACGUAGAACAACUUCCGUUCUACUUCCUAGAAGCACGCAGCGUGAGCCGACGUGAGCCAGGACGUCACAGGUUCGAGUGUUUUCAGCAUUUUUGUACUUUAGACGAAAGUGGGACUAGCAGAGUGUUUACGACAUUUCCACUCUGGAGGGGGUUUUCACUUUGUUACAUUUUCAUCUCCUGAAAACGCAGUUGCCGUCUAAAUGGACCCCCCUAAACGAAACUACAUUUUUCUGUUUUCUACGGAGACCGUUUCCGUCUAAAAGUGGCCUGAGUGUCCUUAAAAUUUGACAUAUAUUUAUUUUGUUUGAUACAUUAGAUGUUUUUGGAAACUGAUAAACCAAAAUCAAACUGUCAAAUCAAACCGAAUUUGUUGAUCAUAUUGAUUUGACAAAAGUAUAUAAAAGUAUUUAUCAAAUAUGAUACAAAAGGCAACAAAGAGCUACGAAAUCUGACAGUUUUCUCACCUGAAUAUCAGAUUUAUUUACUCGUAAGAAGCAAUUUAGGUUUUAUUUUUUUUACUUAGAUAUCAUAAAAUAAGACAUUUAUCCAGAAUUUUCACGUUAAAGUGGCUUAGAAUGAGUCUAAUAAGACAUUUUGACAAAAAAUGGGACAAAAACAUGACAUGGUUAAGUUUUUUUUAAGUGCAUUUUAGCUGAAUUGUCACUUAAACCAGAAAAAUCACCUAAAAAAAACGCCAUAAAUCCGUCUCCGCCGUCUGUAUUCCUGUCUGUCCUCUUUGUUUUUACUCUGCUGCAGUCUUGGGACUAACUGGACUUGAGACUUUUAACAGCUUGAUAUCUGACAUAUGUGCUGAACGUCUCGUGGGAUAACCGGUCUUCAUCGGUUACAGUAUCACAGACCGUCUCUCCUCUCCCUCGGGCUGCUGAGCUCAAGCUGCUACCUGCCCUGAGGGACCCGUCACCCUGACAAGAUCAGAGAACAACCUUCAGCUCGGGCUUUCAGAAACAAACAUGACGGCACACUCUCCUGCUUCUGAACAAGAUCGACUGAAGCUGUCACACUGUUUUGAAAGGAUAGAUCGGCUCAAAUACAGAAAUCAACGUCUCUAAGACCGUCUCGAAGUCUUUGUUUGGAGGUUGUGGUUCUGGCAGCACUUUCAAUCAAUCAAUAAAAAUGUUAUUUAUACAGCCCAAGAUCACAACAAUCGUUAUCUCUCAGAGUUAGAAAGGUUUUUAAUUGAAUGACCCAAAGAUGUCUACUCCUCUUAAAAGCAAACAAACAUCAUCCUUCCUAAAUUGGGUUUUUUAUUUUUAUCGUUUGUGGUUUUAUUUUUAAAGAGAGGUGAGGUCUCUCAGUUAGGCCUGUUGAUUUUUUGACCUCUUUGACUCAGAAUUUACAUUUUUAUUAUCGGAUAAUGUUACAUGUUUGCAAAAUCAAAUAAUCCAACAGUGAGUCAGUAAAUUAAUAGCUUAUUAAGUGAUCAAAUUAAUAAUACUUAAAAAAAAUAAGUCUGUAAAAAAAUAGGAAGGAAGUCAGUAAAAACAAAGAUAAAUGAAUUAAAAUAUUGGUCUGUAAGUAAGAAAAAAUAAACUAUUUUUUACAUUGACUAAAUAAUUUGUAAGUCAGUUAAUGAAUAAUAUAUAUAUGAUAAUCAAUAUAUCAGUCAGUAAUGAAAUAAAUAAGUCAGUAAAUAAAAAAGUGCUCAGAUAAAUUUGUUAUUGAAUUAAUUAAUGGAUGUCAGUAUAUAAAUAAUAUAUAAUAUUUAAUAAAUGAUAACAUAUAAUAUAAUAUAUAAAAUGGUAAAUAAAAAAUGAAUGAGUCAGUAAAUUAAUUAAAUUAAUUCACUUUGUAAAUAAAUGAAUAAAUACUACAGUGAAGAAAUAAAUUAAGUAAUCAAAUAAAUGAACAAAUAAAUCUAUUAAUAGAUAAGUAAGAAAAUUAUUCAAAAAAGCUGAUCGUCACAGCCAAAAUUUUCAUGUUUACAGACGCGUACUAAAUACGAUUCUUGACUGAACAGUCAAAAGAGUGAUUUUUAUGAAUGAAUGAUUAGAUUUGAAGGUUUUAAUGUUACACAUCUUGAAUAGUUAGGGGCUGAAUUAACGGACAUGUCGGCCCUCCUCAGCUCCACCUUUAUACCUCUUGUUAGGUUCACCAAAACUUAGGUUGACUUGGUAUUUAAGUAAAUCUGCAAUGAAUCAGCGUCAAACUCAGUUUCAGGGACCAGCGGUUGAGCAUAAUUUUCAAUAUUCAUUCGUCUCAAACUGAUUCUCAAGCACUGAAAAAGAGCAGAGGUCGCACGUAGCAUAACACCGACUCGUUCUAGUGAGAUUUAGAGAGGAGUUAACGAGCGAUGUCAAUAAAUCAGCCUUGGAAAACGUAGAGAAACUCUGCUGCUGUGGGAAAGAAACCAAGGAUACACAGCAGCAGACACUGCAGACUGAGCACAUCAGCUCAAUAUGUGUAUCAGCACUCAGUGGCUGUGAGCAUUCAGGCAGCAAUCCAUCACACUUGUUUACAUCCACGCAGAGAGCUCCCCACAACGGCUGCUUUCAGCUCCUCGCUCCGAGGAAGAAACAAGACGAUACAUCUAUAAGGUGACAUUAAAGAGCACGUAUGCUGCGCGCACGCUGUUAGGAAAUGUCAAGAGAUUUUAUUCUAAAGGCCACAACCAGGCCAAGUGCAUGAUGCUAGAUCUGCCGUUUGACGUAGCAACAGUCUGAUUGUGGAUAGAAAACCUGAGCCGAGGCUUGAAACUUACUGAAGGGUUAUCCGGGUAUGAACAAGCUCCACCUCAACCAGACCAAACCAACCACAGAGCUGAUCUCUACCUCCAUUCACCCGUUUGAACAGAAACCAUCUGAGUGACUUCACAUCACUGGCUGUACUCUCCUGGUCGAGGUCAAACCUCUUAUACAGCCAACAGCUUUUCCUUACAAACGCCUGCCCCUUCGUCCCCCAGGGUUCUAUGCUCAGUCCCCUAUUUUUAAGGGCCAAUCCACUUCGUAUCCCUCAGCCCUCGGUUUGGUGCGUUAACGUCAAGCGAAUGGGUGUCCCAAUUGUCCGUAAGGUUAAGGGAAAGGGCUAAUGGCAAGGGGUACACAACUCUUAAAACAAAGACAAACCAGGACCUCACUUGAAAGUAAAGGGGUAAGAUUUUGAUUUUUAUCAUAAAGGCCCCUUUUUUAAAAAAAAAUUGUAUUAGAUAUUCAAUUCUUUGCUACUCCAUGUAAAUAUCUGUAAUGUUUUGAAUUGUUUGCGUUUUAAAAUUGCGCUAACGUAGCUAUAGCUAUUGAUAGCUACGCUGAUGUCAGAUUGCUCUUGCGAACAACAGCUAACAGCGGCUAAAAGGUAAUAACAGUGGGUUUUUUUCCGACUUGUUUACCAUCAUUGUCGCAUCAGCCUACAACACAGCCAGCAAGCGGCGAGGCAUGAUGACGUAGUGUGAAUUAAGUGGUGUCUAGUUUCUUAGGAGCGUGUUUUCACCCCUUACCCUCAGCCGUCAAAACAGCAGGCCAAGAGGACAGGUUAAGAGAGAUAAUUGGAAAUGGCCCUUUGUUCUCUACAUGCUGUCUCUCACAGCCCUGUCACCCCCAAUUUCCACCGCAUCCAGAACGGCUACUAACAGGCCAUAUCCGCCGAUCGUAUCGUCGGACUCUGCAGCUGAUCGCAAGAGUUCCAUUUUUUCUGGACGCCAGAGCAUGUCGGAUAAAUUCAGCACAAAUUAACCCAUGCUGGAAAGGAAGUCGGGCACAGACACAAAAUAAAACAUCCGGCUUCUUUUCAAAAUAUAACACAACGUGUUUUAGGGAGAUCUUAUUUCACACCAUGCAAAUGGGCGGAGACGAACAAGCGAAAGGUUUUUAGACGUCAUUUCACCCUGAUGACACCAUGGAUGAGGAGAUGCUGAUUCUAGAAGUCUAGAAGUAGAUUUCCUCCUCUGGAAGGACACAAUCUACUGCUUAUAUGGUUAGACUACGUGGCUAGAGACAACUUGAUAUCGCAUGAUUGCAUGUGAAUCCGUGGGUUCUUGUGAGUUCUUGUGAGUAGGAAUUAGCGUACAGCAAAAAUCGCUGCCGUUCCAGAUUGGAGAUCCUGGAAAUCCCGGGUUAUGCUGAUGAUGUCCAGGUUUAUACCUCCACCAGACCUUCUUUCAAGGAUGCUGAGUGUCUUAGAGUAUCUUGAAAAGCACUACACUGAUAAACUGUAUUAUAAUUGUUAUCAUUAUUGAUGUAUGCAUGUUGUAAAGCUGGCUCGUACUAGUUUGGUGCACAUUUGCAAAUCCACCCGCUGCAGCAGCCUCUCUGUUUAAAAUAUAAGUUCAGACACUGCAUACUAAAAAUAUUCAAUCUCCAGCACGCACACACAGUGACCCAGAGGAGGUGUGAAGUAAACCCAGCGCUCCGUCUGUGCAGAAACAUAUUGGUGAACAUCUCAGUUUUCAUGUCUGCUUGUUGGAAAUGAGUUCCUGUAACACUCACAUCUUCCAGCAGACGCUCACUCCUCGUCUCAGACUUUGGGCCAAUUUGCACGUCGAGUCUGGAAAAGAAAAAAAAAACAGCCGGCUGUGAAUGUGGAGGUGCCAAGAAGAGCUGUUUUCAGACUGACAUGAAGACGUGUCUGUGAUUUGACUUUUAAAUCAGCCUCUCGCACCAAUGAUGCUGAUAGACUCGGAGUCCUGCUGAACAUGUGGCGUUAGAACGACCAAUAAAUCACUGCAGGGUUAGUGCUGAGACAGCUGGUCCGGAUCAAAACAAACACGGUUAUUGUUCUGCUGCUUUUUCACAGUAAUUCACAUUUUUAUGAUCCACUCUGGGCUUCUUUAUUCCUGAAAACACAAGGAGGGUGGUAGCAGUACUUUCAAGACCCCUGAACAAACAUUUAUAAAGAUUUUUAACAUCUAUGUUUUUGACACGUUAAGUUGUAGCCAUAUUUUACAACAGAUAACUUUAGGAAAUUGGGUUUCAGUUGCUCGGGCUUGUUUCUGUCACAAGGCAGGGUCGAACAAAAGGAGCCGAGUGCAGAAGGAAGGAUUUAUUAAAGCAAAAUUAAACAAGGAAAACUCACUCUGAAAAUGUCAGAGUGAAAAAUUCAAAGGAAAAAAACACAAGGAGGAAACAAAAACUCAGAAGGAAAUCAACUGGGGAUACAAACACACACUGACAUUCGGUACGUUUACAUGACACCUGAGAUCUGAUUAAGACACCUAGAUAAUGCGAUUGAAUUAUCUGUAACCAGCGUAGUCGGAGUAUAAUUGGACAAUGCGCCGCGCCCCCGUAACCCCGGAGCAAAAACACCAAACAAGAGGAGCAGUGUGCGCCUCAUCUGUAGCAAAAGUAGCGCAUCCAUUAAACAACGCUGUACGAUGCUCCAUCUUGUUGCUCAAAAAUACCCAGCAUAGGGAUGGGAAUUGAUAAGAUCUUAUUGAUAACGAUGCCAUUAUUGAUUCUUCUUAUUGAUUCAAUUCUUUCGUGAUUCCCUUACCAAUGCCUUUCUUUGAUUUAAAAACAAAAUUUUCACUAUUAACUCUAAAUUUUAUUGAGUCUCUGAUAACAGAGAAAGAUGAAUGCCACCUUCAGUGAGAAACUAUAAAUAAUUAACUGGCAAACUAUUUGUACAGCGUUGGUAUCAAGUCAAAUACAUCAUACUACUCAAACGUCACGAUGUCUGUCUUAGUAAAUUCAAGCCACGCUUCACAUUGUUUCUGCCUACUUUUCGUACCAUGCGCCUUACAAUCCUGCACACCUUAUGUCUGAUUACUUGUUGUGGUUACUGACAGAUUUUAUUGUGCUCAAAAAUCUGUCAAAAUGUGUAAGUACGACUUCGGUGAGCAACAAAGCCGCUCCGCUCAACGGAUAUUCAGAGCAUUACGGUGCGCUGUGUCACUACCUGAUCAGCCCUGUAACACGACCCCUGAGCGGUCUACAAGACUGCGUGACUGUGAUGUUGAAACUAGAAGUGCAUUCAUGUAAGUUAGCCCGGGUACAGAGUACGGGUUAGCAACAAUAAACCAAUCAAUGCUUAAUGCGUCAAUCCAGUGAACCUUAUGUGUGAACAUAGACACGUUCAUUCACGUUGCGCCGUACAAUCCGGUGCACCUUAUUGCCUGAAAAAUACGGUAGACUAACAAGAACAUAUCAUGAUAGUUCCACUCUGUUUUUAACCUAAUUUCACCAUUAAAUCUUGUUUUGUUUUGUUUUGUUUUUUCAAACAUUUUAAUGAGUCUCUGCAGGGAUUGACUCACAUUUAGAGAGCGCCCCAGUGGCCACUUAAGGAACUGCAGUUUUUUUUUUACAUUUUCUGCACUGAUUUAAAUAUCGGACUGACUACAAACACAGAGGUACUGUGUGGAGCUUCUGGCCACAGCUCCUGGUCUGGUCCAGGUCCUAGAGGAGGUUUAUGACACUCAGAUCAGGGUAACUCUGGUUACAUAAGCUUGAAUCUUGUUCUAACAGUUUGGACUGCCGGGAUAAACGCUGACAGUUUGUCCGGGGAGAGAAAACACAGAGCGUUAGUUUGUUUUUCUGUGGCGCUGUCAGCAAACAUCAGCGAUGUUGCAGUGGGUUAUGAAUUAUUAAUGGCUUCUGUCCAUGUCAUGUUAAAUUUUGGAUUGUGAUCUCCUCUGACAGCCGGCACCGACUGUGGAAUAUCUUCAUGUAGUCGUCAGGAGAAAGCCGAGCGUGUGAAGCCGAGUUAAUCAUUCCCCGUCCUCCUCUGUAGCUCCGAGCCGCAGAAUAAAUCCCUCCGCUUGGCAGAGGAGUUUCUGCCGCUGCGGGGGAGUUUAGCUCCUCUGCGUUAGCCAGCUGCUCCUCUAACAUGUUUGCACACAGCUGUCAUCGGAUACUAAGAGCAGGUUGUAGAGCGGUGGCCUAGCAGCUCCAAGGACCGACUCUGCUGCUCUGACUUAGUUUACUUUAGAGUACUCUGCAAAGACUAAAAAUAGGAGCUCGCACUCUUUGAGCGAAGGUAACUGAUAGCUCUGAAAUAUUGAUGCUGGCUGAUCUGGCUCUUUGCCCGCUCUUUCCAAAUCAUUCAUGGUGUCAAAAGGUGACACUUGGUAAUUAUCCAGCUGGUGUAACGAGCUCGAAAAAGUUUCCUUUGACAACCUGAAAAGAUGGAGUUACUGAAGUUUAGAGGACGACAUUUUCACGUCUGACUCAUUUUCAGGGUCACUUGGGAAGUUUUAUUGUAGUACAACCUUCUUACUUGGCGAGGGAUCGGGCUUCCUGGACAUUAUUCUGAAGUUUCCAUGAUUUCUCCAGUUUUUCUGAAGUUGUUUGUUCGUUUUAAUCUCUUCAAACAGUUUUCAAAAGUUGAUAGUCUUGGCUCAUGAGUAGAUCAACAACCAAAAGCUUGAGAAUAUGAACAAGUUAAAGUGAUUUUGGACUGUAAUCUUUACGGUCCUGAUGAGGCCUGUACAUCCCUGAUCAUUUGUAGGGAAGUGACGGAAGUUUUGCUAAUUUAUGGCAGAUAAAACCAGGUGUAAGUCUGCGAGAUGAUGACCGGGUCCAACAAGUUGAGAGAGUACCUGGACGGACCUUUGUUAGGGUCCUCUUUUACCCAGACAUUUCCUCAUUUUUGGUAGCUGUCCGGCGUUGUCCCGGGGAGUUUACAAAAUCCUUCAAAUGUUCAGGGUUUUGUAAAGAAGUUUUAAAUUUUUGUCCCGUGGACUAACUGAGUUAGAGGUGUGUAAAAAACACUUGAUCCGACCCGAAAUACUCUCCAAAUUAACCACACAUGACUCUGUGACUCUGCCCCGUGUGGUCGAGUCCUUUUUGGAGGAUUCAGAAUAUGGUCGCCCUACCUUUGUGGACAUAAAAGUUUUAGGACUGGACUCCGGCAUGUCUUCCUCUUCAGUUUGCAAUACUUUUUACUGUCCAGUCAGCAAAAAUAAGAGUAUUUAGUGUUAUCUGCAUCAACAUGCUCCCUCGCUCAUCUCUUCAGUCAGUGAAACAACGGUGGCCUUUGAGGACAAAAAGCUCCGGUGAUUCAUGAUAAGGAUGAUCCAAUUUGUCAAGUUUCAUUGUGCACAACAACAAUUACUCCAUGCAGAAACGUACACAUCACUAGUUUGUCCAUUCUGUGUUACCGUAGAAACACGCAGCCUUAGAUAAAGACACGAUCGCCUGGCUACGCGCUUGGUGGCAUGUCACAUGAAAGGUAGGGUAGGCAGGAUCUGAGGAAGUGUCCGUUUCCUGCCUACCCUACCUUUAAUGUUUGUUAUGCAAACUAGAAUCUGAACAGGGUGAGCAGGACCUAAAGACGAGGCAGCGGUUCAGCGGAUCCUGAUCAGUCCCGUUUUGUAGUCGACUCACUUUAAAACAUAAAUGAGACAAAACUCGCCAUCAUCAGCUGUUUUUGUUGCGUGGAUUGGAGGACAGGAAGUCGCCCGCUCUCCUCUCUAUAAAAGUGUGUUUUCAUUCUCACAGUCUGGCGCUCUCUUGAAUCAAACUGAAAACAUUAUGAUAAUCAUUCCUGUUAUUAACCCGUCCUCAUUAUCCUCCACGUAGCUGUUUGUAAUCUGCUCCUCUUCUGACCCGCUGCUCCUAAUGAGACCUUGUUAAAAACAUUCACAUCACUGGCAUUUUCCUCUAAUGAGUGCACCGGCGCUCUCCAGUCCCGUGCCCUUUAUGGCGAAGCCGGGCGCUGCUCUUUUCCAAAACAACAUGGCCGCCGUCACAGCCACCGCAGCUGCUACAACUGAGGCGGCUUACGGGGUUUAAUUCUGGGUCUCAGUGGGAGGAGCAGAGGCCUUCAGGGGGGGCGACUUAGAAAUUGAAUCAGUGCUGAUGGCGUCCUGGGAGAGAGUCACAAUAACACCCUGUGGAGCAGGGGGAGGCUCCUCAGCUCAGUGAUACACUGAAGAACCUCAGGGGGGAGGCCUGUGAGAAACACGGCUGAGUGUUUGUGUGUGUUUGUGUGUCUGAGUGUGCGGCUUAAAGGAAAAAACACUCCUACGCGUGUUUAGAUUUACCUCUUCAUGGUUACAGCGAGGAGGCGGCCACCUACGCUAAAUUAUGAGGCAAAAUCAGGCGAAUGGAGGAACAUUCUGAGUUUGGUCGUUUUUUAUGCUGAUGAUUUUAUUGAAAAUGAAAGUAAACGUGUGAUAAAAGCUCAGCUAAAUUCCUCCUGAACAAGUUCCAGACGGGGGCUUUAUCGUUUUUUUGCAGAUUUGACAUGAACAGCUGGGUAUCGUCUGCAUAGUGAGGAAUAAGAAUCCAUUAGGGAGCCUAUGAAUGCACCAAGUAAGGUGGCAGUGGAGUUGAGUAUAGCUACAGUCUUAAAGGGAUAUUCCGGUAUAAAAUUACGUUAGGGUCAAACACACCUUAAUACCAAGUUAGACACCCCCUCGGGAGAUGAAUGUUGCCGACCGCUUGCUUCUCUAGUUAUACCAACUUUAGUAGAGAAGCAAGCGGUCGACAACAUUCAUCUCUCGAGGGGGUGUCUAACUCGAAUAUCCCUUUAAGCUCUUUCAUCUCAUACACUCUUGUUUUAUAUCUGGGCAUGUCCAACAGUAAGUUCACAGGGUCAAACAUACGAAUUAGCGAAGUAUUUCCAAGAGUUUUGAGUUUGCUUGUGAUUUAUCAAAAGUUUAUUUGUAGAGAGUUUAACUGAUUAUUUGAGGAAAUAUUUGAUGACUUUGCAGUUUGAAACAACAUCAGACAUGUAUCAGAACUCAGGGGGGCACCAGGUGAUGGUUUUACAGUGUUUUUAAAAGAAGGGAGGACAAACUGCGACUCUAGAGGCAGCGAGUUUGUCCUUGGUGUCUCCAGAUAUUUGAGGAUUUAUGAAUAAACAGUUCUGAAUGGCGUACCCUUCUCUUUAGUCAACAAGGACACCAAAGCAGGGCAGCUAAAGAGGCCGACAGGCAGAGGCGAGGAGUGCCUCUAUAAAGAGUCGACUCACCCUGUGGAGAGCACCGGGAGUCAGAAACCCCCUCUUCAUGCUCUCUUCCCCCUCUCCUGUUAGGUGCUCUCAGUGCAGCAAUCUCUCCGCAGAAACUGUAAUCGAGCACUUCAGAGCUUUUCUCUCAGCCAGAGAGGACGCCAAACGGUCUGUUUGUGGUUUUUAUCUGCUCUGACACAAUCCAGCCUCCAGUGUUGGCAGAGCAACACUUUGUCCCCUUAAAAAAAGAAACUCAGCGACAGACAGGGAGCGCCGAAAAAGACUUUAAGUUAUGAAAUCAGCUUCAUAAGCUGCAAACUCAGACAUCUUUGCUUUUAACUCAGGAGUAAACAGUCGAAAGAGCGGGCUGCUCAAAAAAUUUAAAAUGUUGACUACACAGACAUAACAAAACACAGCGAUAUAGUUAUAUUCCCAAAUGUUAUUAAUAACUAAUAACUAUUGACUCAGAUUCCUGCCGACCCCACCUUCAAACACUACAGGAGCUAACCAAUGCUAGCCGCCUAGCUUCCUAGUACCUCCAUGUUUGACCUCACACAUGAUGAUGUCUGAUUGUAAUCAUGAUUUUAAGUUGGGCUGGCUUCGAUUGUCCUCCGUACAGAUCCGGAGGAAGAAAAAUCGCUCUAACGCCCCUCACACGCCAGAUAAUCUGGCAGGAUAAUCUUUAAAUCUGUCUAAUAAUCCGGCCUUUGCUGACUUUUGUUGUAAGGGGGGAAUCUGGUCCAAAAUUAGAGGGAUUUUCUUGUAGUGCGCUCAAACUGAGUCUUGGUGCAGUUUUAUUGAGAUGGUGAAUUCUUGUGCAGCUGGGUUUCAGUAUUUACAUUUGUGGUCUUUGCUGCACAUCCUUCAUAAGUGUGUUUACGGUUGUCUCAAGAGGAGUUUAGACCUUGUGAGGUCAAAAUGGUUUUAAGCCGUUAUGACCUUGAGAUAGCCAUCCAUGAUCUGAUCAGGUCAAGAUUAAGACUAUUGUAAUGCACUUUAUGUUGGCAUCUCCCAAUCUUCUCUUAGUCGCCUUCAAAAUGCUGCUGCCCGUCUUUUAACUAACACUAACCCAUGUGAGCACAUCACUCCUGUUCUUACCUCCCUUCAUUGGCUUCCCGUCUCUUUUAGGAUUGAUUUUAAACUUUGAAUGUUUGUGUUUAAAGCUCUUAACGGCCUCGCCUUCAUCUAUUUAACUGAACUUUUAACCGUUCAGGAGCUCUGAGGUCGUCACAUCAACUCCUGCUGGGGGUGUUCAGGUCAAAACACAAACACUGGGGUGACCGAGACGUUUCAUUCGCUGGUCCGAGGGUCUAGAAUAAGCUCCCCACCAAAAUGGGAUUAAUUCUGACCGGGGCUUUUUUAAAUCUCGAUUGAAAACAUAUUUAUUUAUGAUGGCUUUUAAUACCCAGUACACGGUGACACUUUUCUGUUUUUAUUGCUUUUUAUUGAUUCAUUUUUAGUAUGUAUAAUAAAGCACUUUGGUUCACCGAAAGGGUUGUUAUAAAAGGCUGUAUAAAUAAAGAAUAUUUACAUUUACAUUAACAUUUGCAUUUGGAUAUAUCCAAUGAAAGCUCUUGUGCUUGGUUUACUUCCAUUUUCAGCUCUCUGAGUGAAUUUUUACAGCCAAACUCAUAAUAACAGGGACCUGGGAUAGUAAACAAAUCAAAUCACAUAUAUUUAUGCGUAUUUGAUCAUGUUAGUUGCAGCAUUUUCAGGUUUUAUACUCCCAAACAAAGAUCCAGGAUUUCUGAGAGCCUGUUUUUGCCUCUAAAGGUCAUAAAGCUGGAAACGUCCUCACCUUGGAGGGUAGUCAGGAUUUAUCGAUCAAAAACCUUAUCUGGCACCUGCAGACGUGGUGGAGUCGGCUCUCUUUAUGUCUUUUUAAGGGACUAUAAAAGCUGUCCGCGGGGACGUCUUUAAUGGAGACACAGAGACAUGGUGGAUGGGAGCAGAUGCUCAGGACCUGUCCAGGCCUGUCUGAGUCUGUAAUCACUCCCUGUAGACCCACAUGCUCCCAGUUUGUGUUUGUGUGUGGUUUUCCUCAGCCAACCUGUGUGAACACUUGCAUCAUGUAAAGCUGCAGAAGAAGAAGAAGAAGAAGGGAGGAGGAGGAGGAGGAGGAGGAAGCUGGCUGGGCGAUGGCAGCGGCGGAUGACGACGUGUGCAGCUGAGCAGGACCGUGGCGUUGCCGAGUGUUGCAUCAUCAGCUCGUCUUCCUGACUGCUCUUACUUCGCACAAUGACGGCUGAUGAAAACCUUCAGACUUCAUAAAGUCACCUUUCACCAGUUUUUCUGAGUCACUUAUGAGGUUUACAAAAGCUUUACAUCCAAACUCGUACUUUGAAGCGCUUCGACUCUUCGCCUCCUCGGUCGAGCCGUUUCAGCGUCACUCCUCGGAUGUUGAUCGCUGACCUGGUUUAUCCUUUUGUCUCAGCGCUUUUGUCUCCUCCGGUUUCAGAUGUUCUCGUCUCUUUUGAGUGGACGUCUUGACUCACUGACUUCUCAUAGUCGUAGAUGACUAACUAAUGAUGUCCCGCUUUUUAAAUUUUUAAUGGCAUCUUGAUACACUUUUGCAGUUUGGGUCAUUGCACAUUUUUUUAGUUGGGACUGUCUACUCUUGUAAAUUUAAUCUGUAUUCAUUUACCGUUAAAGAGACGGAGUGUUUUGAUUGGUUGUUUCAGGAGGAAAGGCAGCUCUUUUAUAAGGCACUAGAUGAUUAAAUGGCGUUAAAGGGAUAUUUUUGUAUUUUUGAGUAUUAUUUUCGAGUUGCAUGUCACAAAAAGGUGUGCCAGUCAGUCUGGCCCCUUUGAUUAGACAGUGCUAAGAGAACAGGUUGACGUACCUGUCCUGAAGUCCUGGUUGACGAUCUGAGAAGCAGUCGAAAAAACUGAGCCAUUGAGGCAGAUUUGAAAAAAGCGUCCCAUCCCACACACAUACAAACCUCUCCCCUCUGUGUUCCACGAUAACUCCCCCCCUGAACCUGUAUCACCCUCCCCAUGACACACCCCCUCUGGCAGAGCAAGAAACUGGUCGGCAGAAGAUCCUACGCUAGCUUCCGCUCAGAGCUCCGAGGAGGGCUGGGAGAGUAGGAGGGGACGAGUUGGAACAACAGGAGAGGGGUGUGUCGAAUAUAGUGCUGUAAUUGGAUGAAGAGGCGGAGCAGGAGAUUGACCAAUAGGAGCUGUCCGGGAUGGAUGGCUCUCAUUGGUCAAUGUUUUUGAAGCCCUGCACCUGCUAGAGUGAACGUUUUUUUUCCGUUCUUUUUUCUCUUCACUUUGUGGAGAUCGCACUAUAGGACCAUGAUCACCAUAGAAACGAGGUUCAUACUAAUUACCAAUCUCUCCAAUCGUCAUCCAUGCCUUUAAGUUGACCUCCUAGCACUUUGCCAUCAGAAAGCCCGCUCAUAUUUGCAGACCCAACACACAUACAUGCUCUUCUGCCUGAUUCAUUGAUUGGCGUCCUUCCACAUCUGUAUAAUCUGUUCACGCCAAGGCCGCUCAUAUAUCCCCGUACCAUCAGGGACUCUUGCUUUUAAACUGUGCGCUGAUAGAAAACCAUGUGGUCUCAUGUGAAACUUUGGUUUGUCGGAUCACAGGACACUUUCUCCUCUUAGUCCCGCUCUAAUUUAAACAAACUGAAUAAGAGUCAGAGUUCCUGGGUCAUGUUUACGCAAACUUCCUUUUCUCUUCAGCGGUUUGAACCAGAAUUUAGUGAUGGACUCAUGAUUGUUGUGGGAAGGGAUUUUGAGCCCAUGUGGCGACUCCCACUACAGAAUAAAGUCUUAUUUGCAGUGGGUCAUUGCUAUCCAUUAUUGUUUUUCCACUUUGUCCCUUUUGUACAAAGAUUUCCUCGGACUUUCUGAAACUUUUACCAAAAUUAUUUCCAACUGAUGCGACUUUUCUGUGUUUUUAAGUUUGUUGUUGUUUCCCAGUCCUCCCAAUCCACAGUGGGUGUAGUCCAAAACACAGGAGACCAAAAACAAGGAAAUAUUCGAUGAAAAAGACUGGAACCUCGUGGUCUGACAAGUCCUGAAAGUUUCCUGUCAGUAGCGGUUUUUGUAACUCUCUCUUAUGUUUUUUCCCUGCCUGUGUUUCUCCUCAGGUUGCUGCUCAGGCCGUGUUGUUCAUGUGUAUGAACACGGCGGGGAUUUUCAUCAGUUACCUGUCAGACCGGGCUCAGCGUCAGGCCUUCCUGGAGACGCGCCGCUGCAUAGAGGCUCGGCUACGACUCGAGACAGAGAACCAGAGACAGGUGAGUCCAAAAGCAUGACGCGAGGAAAUACGAAGUCUGCUGGAAAUGAUGAUUAUUAUUUUAAUUGUGACAGUUUUGGCGAAUUAAUCCAGUCAAGUUAUUGCAGUUUGAAGAUCAUUUGUAGGAGUUUCCUUUAUACGUACCUGUCCAAGUUUCCCCAAUUUAUAAAACAUUUUGACCUUUUUUCGUGAAAUAUUUUCUUGUUUCCAUGACAAAACUUUUGCUUUUUUAAUCGCUUCUUUUGCCGAUGAACUAGUUUGGUUGAUUUAGUUGAAUAUUUUCAUGUUUUGUGACUUUUUUUGCGUCCAUAAAAGCUGUUUCUCCAUCUCGUAAAAUGAUUUCCUCUUUUGUGAAACUAUUUUGCGUUCUUUGCAUGUUGUUGAACUUCUAUGUUUCUUCUUCCUGUAAGAUAUUUCUACUUUUUGCAAUCCACACAAGCUGUUUGUGCGGUUGACCUUCAGGGCUCCAGGUUGGAUGAAUAUCUGAGUUUUGUGGCCUCGAGGGUCGGUGGUUUGUUUCGAGUAGAAAUUUGUGAAAUUGGAGUUUAAUCCGGAUGCAGAGUCCGAGCCUGCGUGUGUAAAAAGACAUAAACAGUGUCCUUUAAAUGUCUCUCAGCAACCUCUGCAUCACCGCAGCAGCCAAAAAUACAGCGUUGCAUAAGAGCGCAGAGCGGGAAUGGUACGUGUUUGCGUCCUGUGGUCGGGUCACGGGGCUCGCUGUGACGAGAGUUUGAUAAAGGAUGCAAAGCGAUUGAUGGAUCUCGGCUGACAGGAGUGAAUGUAAGCAGCUCGGCUAAUGAGCCCGCUGAGACGAGGAGAACAUGGACGCCGCAUCGAUCCACCGCUGUCACACAAACUGUGCAUCAGUGCCCUGAACACACACACACACAGCCUAACAAGACAACGUGCACACACUCAAAUAGAACGAGUGCACACGGUCUGAGUCAGAUGGACACACACACACACACACACACACACACACACACAGUGAGAGUGACACACACUGAGCCGUGUUUACUCAGUGCAGAGAACGGUCAGCCUCCAAGAAGCCACAGAAAGCUUUUAACUGCGCUCCGUUUCCUGGAAAUGUUCGGCUCUGAUAAGACUCAGGAUGGUUGUGAUGGAGCAAAAUGGGGCCCCACCCUGAGCAGACCACCCUAAUGUGAACCAAUCAGGGGCUGGUAUUAUCGUCAACAGGCCGCGAGAAAACAUGUCUCUGUCUGUAACACGGCGAAAGAUCGACUCCUCCUCUACGUGAGUCUUCUCUGAACUCUGCGGCGUUUCUGCAGAGCUUCACUGAGAUCCGAGGACAGAGUGUGCGAAAACACGAGCUGAAAUAACAUUUCCCCGAUAAAGAGGAUCACAUGACCCUAUGCAGGUAGAAAACGUCCUUCAAUUGUGGCGCAAACCUGCAGCCCUGUAGUGAUGGGCACUGCAGUUCUUUUAGAUGUACUAAAUCACUAGAAUUGGUUCACUAAAAAGAUUCGUUCGGAAGAUUUGUUCACCAAAUUACUGAAUCAUUCAGCACUUGGUGGGAGGAGCCUGGGACCUCGACUUCAUGAACUGAUACACAGCUGAACAGUUCAAGAUUCAGUUCAGAUCGUUGCUUCUGGGAUCAGGAGACGAGUGUCGUGGCUGUGUUGCUUUGAGAAACAGGUAUAGAGCUGCAACUAUUGAAUAUUUUAGUAAUCGAGUAUCCUACCGAAUAUAAUAUCGAUUACUCGAGUAAUUGGACCCAAACGGCAGACUCACAUAAAGAGGCCAGACUCGGAGAAAUAGAGGGCAAUCGCGGGACAAGCGUGUCCGUAAGCGGAAUGCAAUUCUCGUAAGAAAGCUCAUUAUGAUAUUAACUUUCAUCAUGUCCCUAAAAACAUUAGUGUCCGAGAGCUAAAUAGCUCCGAUGUUACCUGCUGCUGCUACGACACCAGCUACGUUAGGCUACAAGCUAGCGCUGUCCCCACCCACGACUCAGAGGCGAAGUGCUAAUGAGCAACUGGAGCUCUGCAGAAGAAAACAGUGUUGCCGACUCCUCAGGAAGGAAAGUCGCUAGGUUGGCAACACCGCAAGAAAAGCCCCUCUCAUCAUUUAUUUUUUCCGCCCCGCAAAACCUAAACAGCGCUGACUCCUCCUUCUACCGUGGUGACGUAAGCACAUUGUGUCACCUUCAAAGAAAUCUGUGUAAAACAUUGACGAUUUGAGCUUAUAAACGAGUCCUCGAGGCAGAGAAAAAUUCUUUCAUCAUUUAUUUGUAAUCGAGGUAUUCGAGGAAUUGUUUCAGCCCUACAAUGGUAUGCUAUUUAUCUGGUCUACUCGGUAAAUUGAGCUCAAUGAGUGAUUAGUUCACUGAACGUUUACACAACGGUACAUUCAGUGAAGAAUUCCCACUUAACAUGCGCUGUUCCCUCGCAAAUCACCACAAUGAUAAGAUCAGACAGUCGCGUAUUUCUCAUACUGCGGGUUUAAUACAGUACUUGUUGUUGUUAAAACAACGAAGAACAACAGUCGCCAUGAAAGUAUAUCCCUCAGACAGAAAUUAUUCCAGAUCGUGUAGUUCACCAUGUGAUUCGUUCACACGCCUGCACCAACACGCUGAGGUCAACUGAGGUGAGAAACGAAUGAAGCAUUUGAGGAAGUGAUUCGGUUUAGUACGUUCGCAUAAAAGAUUCGGUUCUUUCAAAGGAAUCAUUCGCGAACGACACAACACUACAGCCAGUCAGAUCCUGUUCAAUCAGCUUAAUCUUUGUGCAUAAAUGAAAGCCGAGGCGGGUAAAGCAGCAGCAAAGAUCCAGUUUGCUGCAACCUGGUCCUGAAUAAGUGGAAGAAACUGGAGGCAUGGAUGGAUCACACUCUACGAUUUGCAUGCCUCAUGUAACUGUCCCAUCUACAGGAGUAUUAGAUGUGCAGGAUAGCGUCUCUAUCAUGUGUGAGACCAACAGAUGAAAUUCACUUUUGCACCUCAGAGGAGAUAUCCGGGUCAAAAAUGAGAACACUGCGAGCUUAAACACAGACUUUAACCUGGGCCUCGAUGCUCCUUCUCUGCUGACUUUAAACUGAAAACCACCCGAGCGACUAAACAGCAGAGACAAAGGAACAAAGUGUUUUUUUCCAGCGAGCUCGGUCCGAAUCAGAUACAAGUUGUCAGAGAGCUGCUGGAGGGCUUCAGCUCGCGGUUACAGCCGGGCCGCGCUAAUGACUUUCAAAGCUAAUCUGACACCGAGUCCGCUGGCUCUCAGCUGUCCAAACCGGGGACAAUGGCCAGUGAAGCAAACACACUACGGCCCCUGUUCACUGUCCACACUGUAAAAAAUGAGCUGCCACAUACUGCUGUAUGUAAGGUUUAAAUAACACUGUAAUACAACACAUGACGGAUGAGCUGAACUGAGAUUCACCAGAACCAAAACUAAUAGAGAGAAACUACAGAGUCCCAGUCUAAUGCAUGUUUAAUAACAGAACCAGAAUAAAAGAUGUCCUACUUAUUAGACCCCCUACAACAUAGAAUUAACCCUAUAGUUCCCAUGUCCUAUUUUCUCAACACAGGGUUUGUAGCCACAGAUCAGUUUACCACCAGGACUCUUCUACUUCUGAGCCGUCCUGGUUUAAUAUGUUUACCAUCGUAGGUGUGCUGAGAUAAUGAACUGAUUCAAGCUCUUUCAGGACUGGAAUUAUCCUGCGUUCCACUAACCUCAGAAGUCAGAUGUCGGAAUGACGUUACACCCAAGUUGAUGGCAUUCCAGAAAACAAAUGGGAAAAUCAAGAUGGACGCCUAUUGUUAGCCGUUGUUAGCUGUUGUUAGUCAUCAUUAACUAUUCCAGUUGUAAACAACGCAUGACACAGUAUUUCACUCUUAAACACAGUGGCACCGUGUUCACAGUUAGAUGUUGGGCAGUACAACAUAAACCACUUAUUCAGUUUCACAAAUACAAAACAGAAGCGCUAAUAAAUAAAACAUUAUAAGAGCUUUCGCUGUUACUCUUUACUGUUGAUGCACUGCGCUGCCAUCUUGGAUUAUGAGGUUGUUGUCAAGUCAGGGUUGGUGAGGACUUUCCGAGUUUGAAAUCCAACUUCAGGGGGGGCGUUCCAGAUGAAUUUCCGACUCACAGCUUGGAAAUUCCAACUUUCGAGAACAACUGGAACGCAGCAAUACUGACAAGACACUGGACUUUUCCUAAAUAUUCUGAUGUUUUGCAAUCGUUGAUUUUCCUGGCUGUAGGCUGUCAUGGCAAAAUAAGAAUGAACAUUUUCGGGACAUUUUAAGUUUUUUUAAGAGCUGUACCUGCACACUGUUCCUGAUGUGUACAAUCUACCUAUGUUAUGGGCCCUUGUAUCUCCCUCUACCAUCAGGGACUCUGCGCUUAUACUAAUGGGGCACUUGCAUGAAUGAAUAGUGUUUAGUCACUUCAUUCACACGUCAGCUGUAAUUUGGAUGGUAAUCCCUGCCAAUUAAGCGAUUGACAAAGGUUACCGGUGAACAACCGACCGUUUUCAUACGUCAUCUGAGAAUCUUCGUGCUGAUUGGUUAUCGUGACGCAAAUAUCCACUUAAGACCUUUUCAGCUCCCGCCUAAGAGUAGUAUGAGCAUCUAAUCGCGUCUUUGCAUGAACUCAACAUGUAAUUCAUUUGUGCGAAUGAUUUGACUCGCGCUUGGUGUGUGGAGACAGUAAGACAGGUACUUCCUCUCCUUGUAUGGCGUGAUUGAACUACGAUCGAGUUUCCUGCUUUGCCUCAACCCGUUUCUUCAUCCUGCACCUACACAGAUUCCUCCCUGACCCUCCAUAACAAACAGAUCCUCAGAUUUUUCGCGGCUGCUCAUCCAUCAUUUCUUGCAGUGGAUCUCCAGCUUCACACCCCGGAGCGUUCGGUUGCGAUGCAGCAGCCGAAGCAUUAGCAACGCUCCAGUGGAAUGUUUGUCUGUCUAGACCUUAAUUUGGGGAUGAACUGCUUCGCUCCCCGGCACAGACAGCAGGUCAACACAACACAGCAGAGUGAGCAGAGAGAGCCAGUGCUGCACAACGGAAACACCUGCUCGACUACAACACCGUCUUACACGCAGAGAAAAAAUCCUCAUAUUACAUAACAAGCCGAGCCAAUGACAACAAGACCACGACUUCAUUUGAUACGAUCCUUUAAAUAUAGACAUGUCCACCAGUUAAACAAAAAUAUGAGAAGAAAUGUUAUUUUCAGAGUGUUAGGUUAAAAAGGUUGGGAAUGAUUGGUUGGUUUCCCCAAAGAAGCCAAAUUAUUAUUCCAAUCAUUGUGUUUUUAUUCCAUCUGGGGUCUCAGGGUUUAUAUUUCCAGUUACAUUGAGUCAAUGAUUGUUUUCCCGUCUGCUGUUUGAGCUUAAGUCAAAUCCAAUCAAAGCAGAGAGACUAACCUGUUUUUGUUGUUGUUUUAUCCCAAACUGUGGAGAUGUUUACACACAUUUCAGAUCAAAACAUGAACUAGAAUCUCUGUGUUUGUUUGAGAGAGACUGUCACAGUAUAGCGACGUGUCUCAGGAGUUAAAAUGCCUUUUCGGUAAUGUAAAUGUAAAGCUGUGUGUCAUCUGCUUAGCUAUAAAAGUUGAUGCCGUGCCUUCUGAUGACAUUUCCAAGAGGUUCCAAGGACCUGAAAACGACCCCUGGGGGACACCAUGAUUAAUUUUGUACCCAUACUCACAUGUUUUAACCUUCAGACUAGUUAAAAAGAGCGCCAUAAAGAGCCUGUUUGAUGAGUCAACACUAUCUGAUCGUCCUCAAAGAUAGUUCUGAACCUUUUUCGGCAAAUAUGCGAAAGUAUUCAGACUGUUUGCUGCUCAUGAAGUGGACGUAAUGUUUUUCCAAAUGGACGCUCAGUUCAUUCUGCCGCGUUUCUAAGAGAAUAACAAGCGGCGGCAUCGUUUUUUUUAGACUGGUUUUCCUCAGCAGCAGUCGGAUGUUUGCGCGAGUGUGUGUUUGUGAGAGAGACUGGAGUGGUGAAACAGCCUAACCGGAUUGCUUUCCAUUCAGCGUGACAAUAAUGAAUGAAGAUGGAUGUGUUUGGAGUGAAUGAAGCAGAGGAUGAAGGCUCUCUCUCUCUCUAUCUUUCGGCUUUACUCUCUGCGUCUCUCGCCCAUUUCCCUGCUCUACCUCCCCUCCCUCGCUCUCCACUUAUGUCGGAGCUUUAGAGAGGCUCUCCUCGGCUCUCAGACGGCGACAUGCAGCUCCUCUGAGCUCAGGAGAGGCUGUGCCUUUAUUUAUCUUUUUAUUAGAAAACUACAUUAUGAGCCGGAGAGAGAGUAAAAACAACCUCGUGAGGUUCACAUCAGCUGGACAGAUAUACCUCAUCACAUGCUGUUGACAUGCAGUUCUGGUCUGAUGAGCGACCGAGUCAUAAGGUCGGAUUUUGAUGAUUUUUCGAAUGCGCACUUUGAUGCCGUUGUUAUUUAGAUGAUGCAUAAAAACAUCCAGACAUCUAUUCACUCUGCAUUAAGGCGACCAGAUCACACUCAACUCGGUAUUACUUAGUAGCAGUGCAUGCCCCCUGUUAUAACACCCCAUAAUAACCCCCAAUAAAAACCGCUGUUCAGGACUGCACGCAACAUGCUAACUCGUGCUUCCUACCUACUGGGCUAUCGUAAUAACCGUUGCUCGAGCCUACACGCAACAUUUUUUUUCCUCAUUCAAGAAACACUUAAAUCUUGGACAUAUCCAGGAACAGCCAUACAGGUCAUCCAAAAUGGAGACUGGUCAUCUAACUCUGAAUGGUAUGUAGCUGCCAAAAGUAGAGACCCUUGCACGUCAUUUAACGCCACGAUCUGCUCCAUCUCUGCCCUGAUUGGACAAAUCAAAGCUGAGAUUAACAAUUUAAAUGGCCGAUGGCAAACAUCUGCGAGAACAGUUUCUUUCCUCAAAGCGCAGGGUACAUCAUUCCUUCGCUCACACAGUCACACCCUGGUGGUGGUAAACUACCUUAGUCGUCACAGCAGCUGCCCUGGGGCAGACUGAUGGAAACAUGGCUGCCAGUUUGCACCUCUCCGACCAUCAUAACACAACUCUCACAAUCAUACACCAUUGGAGGAUACACAAGGAUACGCAAGUUGGGUUAAGUGUCUUACCCAAGGACACAACAGAGAUGAGGGAUAGGGCAGGGUUUGAACCACCAACCUUCCAGGUAUUGGCCGACCGCUCCUGAGCUACUGCCGCCCUCAACAGCUUAGCAGACAAGUUUCUAUCGGUUACAGAUAAACAUCGGCACAUCAUUUGCUGCAAACCGAUCAGAUUCCCACUGCAUACGGGCCUCAUAACAUUCCAGCUGAGACACACCCUUAAAGUGCAUCUUCCUUCCACGUUAGUGACAGACUGACUGACAGAUUUAGGAUUUGGGAAGGCGUUUUGGAAUAAUUGGCGAAGACAUUGGCAUCGUUUUUUUUCCCCUUUCCCAACUGGAUACAGGCCUCAAACAGUUCUUUGUGCAGAGAGAUGCUGACUUUUCCACAAUAAUUGCAUCAUGGCUCAUCUAAAUGUGCACAACACGUUAUUAGCUUUACGGUGCGGUUUGUGGUGCAUUUAACCGGAAGAGUGUGAUUUAUGAAUUUAGAGGUUUAGCAGGUGCAAAACCCACACAGUCCUCUUCUGAAUCAGGUCCCCCAGUUGAAAUGUUCCUUUAUCAUUCCGCACAAAAAGACACUCAGCCUUUUUUUUUUGCUCAUGAGUAGGACCUGUGGGAGGAGAAACUAAAAUUUUGGGUUUUUAUGUCUUGAGUAAGUGAAGAAGGCAGUUUCUUGGCUCUGUUGUGGAUCCCUAAGGCCAAAAAAACUCCUCCCACUCCCACUCCAAAUCUGUUUCUGCCUCUGCCAAGCGGCACUGCGUCAGUACAAUAACCUCAAGACAAAAUGUGGUUGUUUGUGUUGUUUUAUUUAUUUAAUUUUUUUUUUCUCGGAGGAUCCUGCUGGAGGAGCUUAGGCUGGCAGAGUCAUCCUUUAAAUCAUUUCUCACAGACAGACCUUUAUGUAAUUUGUUCUGACAAGAUUUAUUCACUUGUGUUCGCCUGCUUAAUAGUUUCUCUUUGACUUGUGUCUAAUCCCUCUUUGCUCUUAAUCUGGAUGUUAUGUCAUGCACUGCAGACCACAGUCACUGUACGAACUCAGCCUAUAUACUGGGACACAAAUAUGUAGGAUUUUUAAACUCAAAACUUCAACCGUCCUCUAAACUUAAUCUUUUAUCUGGUGCUCUUAAUACCCUUAAACGCAAACCCAGCCCCUUAUUUGACAACUUUAAAGGGAUAAACCGUUUUGCCACUGUAAACAAGAGAUGAAUGUGAUAGUGAUCUGUCUUUGCCGUUUCAGACGACUGAUAUGAUUGUUUUUCUCCCCCCACAGGAGAGACUGGUGCUGUCAGUCCUGCCUCGAUUUGUAGUUUUAGAAAUGAUCAACGACAUGACAAAUGUAGAGGACGAACACCUCCAGCAUCAGUUUCACAGAAUCUACAUCCACCGCUACGAGAAUGUCAGGUGAGGUGCCGAUUUCGGUUGUUGUCGAAGUCCGAUUGACCAAGUUUCAUUUGCAUGUAUUAUGUAUGUAUAAGUAUUUUCAGUGUUUGGAUGGUGACCCGGAUAUCGAAGUGACAUUUCCGUAUUUUAUUCAGCAUUCUUUUCGCAGAUGUUAAAGGCUUCACAAACCUCUCCACGACGCUGUCCGCGCAGGAGCUGGUGCGAAUGUUGAAUGAACUCUUUGCACGUUUUGACCGCCUCGCACAUGUAAGUGAUUCUAACCCCAGAUCUUCAAGUUGAUACCUCUCACAGAAAUCAUGACAGUAGAUCUUAAAAAUGACGUUUUUGGCUUGUUCUGCAAAUUUGACUCUUCUAUGUCUAUGACCUGAUGAAGUGAUUCCUCAAACACUUAUACAUAUUACAAUGAUAUUAGAUAAUAAUACUGUAAUAUUACAUAUUACAUAUUUUUCAUUGGGACACACUAAGAUAACAGACGGACCAGCUACUCGUCACACCAAGACACAUCCGAAAGUUUAUAUAUCUUUUCAGUUGACUAGUAUACAGAAUACAUGCGACAUGGAUGAUGAUGUGCUAAUUAUAACUUUUGCGAUUUUCCUUGCGGUUUUUAUUUUUACAUGUGAACUGUUUAAUAUUUGAUUAUUCUUGUUUAUAAAAAAAAAAACUGGUUUGGAAGCGCCAACAUGUGAAAAUUUAUUACUAGACAUUAUCCCAAUUGUAUUGUACCGUAUUGUAGUGUUUUGUGUCGCAGUGUAUUGUAUUGUAAUCCUAUCGUUUGGUAUUGGAUCCAAUCGUUUUGUAUUGUAUCAUUUUGGGUUGUAUUGUGUCAUAUUGUAUCGUAUGUAUUGUAUCAUUGAGUAUCGUUUUGUUACCUGUCGUAUCGUUUGUUUUGUAACAUAUUGUUUGGAUUUGUAUUAUUUUGUGUUGUAUCGUUUGGUAUCCUAUCGAGUCACACAGAGACACAUCCGAAAGUUUAUAUAUCCCAAUUGGGAUAUUUAUAUCCCAAUUGUAUUGUACCGUACUGCAGUGUUUUGUGUCGCAGUGUAUUGUAUUGUAAUCCUAUCGUUUGGUAAUGAUCCAAUCAUUUGGUAUUGUAUCAUUUUGGGUUGAAUCGUGUCGUAUUGUAUCGUAUUGUAUCGUAUUGUAUCGUAUCAUAGGGUAUUGUUUUAAAGAUUUAUUACUAGAUAUAAUCCCAGUUGUAUUGUACCGUAUCGUAGUGUUUUGUGUCGCAGUCGUUUGGUAUUGUAUCAUUUUGGGUUGUAUCGUAUUGUGUUGUAUUGUAUCGUUGGGUAUCGAAUUGUUACUUGUCGUAUCUUAUAGUUUUGUGUCUUAUCGUAUCAAAUUAUUUUGUAUCAUUUGUUUUGUAACAUAUUGUUUAGUAUCGUAUCAUUUUGUGUUGCAUCGUUUGGUAUCCUAUCGAGCCAAGUGACUAUUAUACAGAAUACAUGCAACAUGGAUGAUGAUGUGCUGAUUAUAACUUUUGCGAUUUUCCUUGAAUUUUUUUUUUCCUUUUUACAUGUGAACUGUUUGAUGUUUUAUUAUUCUUGUUUUUAAAAAACUGGUGUGGAAGCGCCAAAAUGUGGGAAAGAUUUAUUACUAGACAAAAUCCCAUUUGUAUCAUAUCGUAGCGUUUUGUGUUGUAUCGUAUCGUUUGGUAUCAUAUCGUUUUGUAUUGUAUCAUUUUGUCUUGUAUCGUUUGGUAACGUAUCGUUUUGCAUCGUGUUAUAUCGUAUUGUUUUGAAUCAUAUCGGUUUGUAUCGUGUUGUAUUGUAUUGUAACAUGGCAUAAAUAAUAUCAUACUGUAUUGUAUCGACGCAUCAUAUCAGAUCCCAUCAUAUCUUUGCAUAACAUAUGAAAAUGUAUAUCAUCAAUAUCAUAUAUCGUACUGUAUCACACCUUAUAGUAUCAUGUCACAUUACAUCGUAUUGUAUCAUAUCGGUAUUCCAUCCCACUGUAUCCUUAAAAAAAUCCAAUUUGAUUCAGUAAGUCGGCUUUUCUCCCAUGUCAGUAUCCGUGGUUUUUGUUGGUUAAAAAAAAGAGGCGGGUUCAGAUAUAAAGGUGGUAGAUUUGUAUCUUGAGGAAUCAGAGAGCUUCUUCAUCUUAGACUAAUAAAACCCUUUUCUAAACUCAGCAGUUAGAACACUAAGAUGUUCAAAGGUAACGAUGUGCUUCCUUCUGACUUUUAUGUAUAAACAGAAACACAGGCGUUCACACGUGUACUUUUCCUCGUCUCCUUACAUCAUUAUACUGCUCACCGCUGUCUCCUCAUAACCUCGGCCCUGUACCGCCCUAAGGCUACAGCCUGACACCUCAUCAAGCCUCAUUACCUGUGUACUUGAGUUAACAUGCAUUAACAGGUGCACACAAAGAGGUAUUCUUCUGCGAUCCUUCAACAUAACUCUCAGCGACACUGGCAAUACUGGUCCUGGAUAUUUAUAGAUUCUGAGGAGGUACUUUCAUUAUGCACACAGCAGAGAGACGUAAAUAAAAACCAGCAGCCCGCCUUUCUUGGAUGUAAAGCACACAGUAGUUCGUCAUCAUUAGACACUCUCUGAUAUUGUCAGCGUGUCCCGGAUUUUUAGUUAUUAAUGAAGUUCUGCCAUUGUGUCUUAUUGGUCUGAUUCAUGUUACACCUUUUACACACCUUUGGAUAAUCAAAAGACUUCAUACGUCAUCUUGGUGUCAUUAGCGCCAAGACUGCGCACUGCUAUGCCCUUAAUCACUCUGCGCCAUACGCUACAUGGACACUGCCAUUUAAUUUCCCUUGGCGGCUGUGAAUGGAGGUUAGAUUUAAACAUAAAACUCCACUAUAAGUUUUUUAUAUCUUACGAGAAGCGAAAGCAGGACUCUGCUGUCUCUUUACAGCUCAUCUUUGGUCGACGGCCUCCGGGGGCUUUUAAAAACUAAAUAAAUGUACUCCGGUUUCUGGAUGAAUUUUUAAUUCAGAACACCCGAGUGAAUAGCUGAUUGGAUAUGCACUCCGUAGGACUCUUGUGUUUGUCUGAUAUUGGGUUGGAAAGGAUUUCAGAUUGUCAUGCUUGGUCAGUCAGGUUUCACAGUCAGCUCACCAGAGCAGAACCGACCCGAUACGCGUUAUUUAUUUUUCAUUUCCCACUCAUAUUUUCCCUGUUUCUAUUUCAGACCACAUAGGCGUUCUCUAAGUGCUUGUUUACUGAUGUGAGCGUUGUGUUGCAGGAGCACCACUGUCUACGGAUAAAGAUCCUGGGAGACUGUUACUACUGUGUAUCGGGUCUACCUGAGCCCAGACAGGACCACGCCCACUGCUGUGUGGAGAUGGGCCUCAGCAUGAUCAAGACCAUCAGGUACUGUCCCCUUACGCAGCAUUUCUGUGACUGUGUGUAUGUUUUUAACUGAAGAGGUUUGGACUGCUGUUGGUCUGAUGCUUACUAAAACCAAACUGUAGUUAAAAAGUGAAGCCAAAGCAGAAGUGCAAAUCUCCUCCAGUGUCAGCUUGUACGUGUUGGGGUACAAUCACCAUGAGGUAAAUUUAUAUGAAGAUGACAUAAGGCCAUUACUGUUAGAAUACUCCUAUAAGGUUAGGGGUAGUCAGGAUCUGAGGAAGUUCCGGUUUUUAGGAGAAAUCUUGAACUUAAACUCUACCCCUCACAGGGUUAGGGUCUAUAAGAUCCCGAAGCAUCAUUGGUGUUGACCCGACUUCUUAGCUCUUGUCCGGUCUACCUCCUUUUGAAGCGCCCGUUAUUCCUCCAGAGUCUCCGGUAUUUACUUUGUUUUCUUGCUUGUGUCGGCAGUCGUGGCCAAAGGAGGAUUCAGACAAUUUUCCGAACUUUCUGGUUGGUUUCUACUGUCCGAUAUUGUAGCACGCUAACUUUGUUUGGGUUCGUGCGCGUUAUUGGAGGACGUGGAGCGUGCCUCACAACAAAAGGGAGCAGCGUCUGCCUCACAACCAGUCAGGUUGGGGGAGGCGGAGAACGGCUUUGUUUACAGUCAGAAAGAGCGGACCGCUCAAAAAAUUUAAAAUGUUGGCCCACUUUGUUUUUGACAAACUGUAUAUGGUCAUUAACACCACUUUGGUCCAAUAGGUGGCGUUUUUAAUAUGACAAACUUGUAUAUGAGUUCAGGCUGGACCCGUUAUCAAACCUGUAAAAUUUGGUACGGGUUGGUUAUUGCAUGUGAAAGUUAGUACCAUGUAUUUCCACAGGGUCGCGCUCUACUGGAGAAGUGAGUGGAUAGAUGAGUUGUAGGGUCAACUUUGAUCAGGUGUAUAAAAAAUAAACCGACUGAACGUUUUAUGAAGGAGGUAAAGUAACUUCCUGUUAAUGGUGGGAUAUUAGAGGUUGACAAACAAACAUGGCCAGACCCUUGGACAUAUGAUAAGUAGGAAGGAAGGAAGGAAGGAAGGAAGGAAGGAAGGAAGGAAGGAGGAGGACUCUACUGCCUGUUCUAGCUCCAUGAAUGAACAUAAACUUAGACACAGCAUUGAAAACAAACGUCUUUUCUCUCCGUCUGAGUGAAGACUUGAUCUUUUCUUCCCCGUUGAGGUGAAAUCAUUCCUCCAUGGUGGUAUUUUUUGGCUUCAUCUCUCACCACGGGAGGACACGGAGGCAUGUUGCCGAUAUUUAAAUGUACAGCCGAUGCUUUGAACCUUUUCAUCUGCAGGCAGCGCUGCUGUUAUCUCUGUAUAUUUUAAUAUCAUUCCUCACAGCGCUCCGUGCGCCAGCUCUCUGAUCUGCUUUGCUGCAAUAUUUGCAUUUGCAAGAAUUCACCCCUGGCUGUUUUUCUGCAGAACAAACAUCAUAAACAAUCACAUGGUCCUAUCGUAUCACACAUCCAUGCAUCUCAGAAAUGAAAGGGGGAAAAUGUUUUCAGUGACGGUGUGUUUUUUUUCCCAAAAUUACACAACGAGGAUUUGCAGAUCGCAUAAGCUCAUGAAUCACAUCUCACACGCCGAUGGUGUAAUCUUCACAUCAUGGGGAACAAAACUGGUUAAGCAGCAGAAACAAAGUCUGGAGUGACUCUCAGAAAACACACAGAGGCUGUGCAGCUCUUUGUGGAGAGGCUUACAGACUCUGGAGAUUGUGCUUUUAAAGCCCGAGGCGUUUUCAUUCGCGUUAUCUUCUUUGUGGCUGCAGCAUUUUGGCGCUGUCACAACCCAUUCAGUGUGACAGUGAGGGAGGAGAGGAGGACUGAUGUUUGGAGGAAAUAGAAGGAUUAGGGAUGGAUAAGCUGUGAGAUUUGUGCUGUAUACUAUUAAGUCGAUAUGGCGAGCUGCCUACCAGCAAACACUCUGUGCUGCAGAGGUGCAUGCUGGUACAAAUGGCUUAAACCUUAAUUAAUAAACCCUGCAAAGACCUGCUCCUGCAUCUUGCGUUCAGAUCUUUGCACUUUGUCGUUUUUUAGAGCUGGGUCAUCGUGCGAAAGGCAAAAAAAGAAACCUGAGCGAAACACGCUGUGAACUUCACAAAUCAAGUCUCAAAUCACCUCAGGGUUUAGCUGCCAGACGGAUUUUACAGGACGCCAAAUCAAAGAGAUUUCCUCUCCUUCAAACACGCAAACGCGUACAAAUAUUUAUUCAAACUUAAUUACAAUUAAAGAGAACUCUAACCUCUUAUAGAGUAUAACGAGGAGCUGCUAUCUGAGCUCAUCCCAGAUACAGAAAAAACAACACAUUGAAAUAUCUUUUUUUCUGUAAUAUACAGUGUAUUUGGAUAGGAGACAAUCGAGGCAUUAAUAUCAGAAAAUUCUGUCUUUUUAUAUCAGUUAAUCAACUAAUUAAUUAACUUUCAUUUAUAUUGCACCAAAUCACAACAAUCCUUAUCUUGAGAUGCUUUCCAGGCCGAGAACAAAUUCUUUGAUGUUUUACAAAGACUCGACCUCAAGAGGUGAAAAGACAAACCAAAGUUUAAUCCUGCAGUUGCACUUUAAUUAAUUUAGUCUGUUUACUGUUUUCUCCUUUCUGGUUUUUGUUUUAGUUUUCUCGCCUCGCUAUUUUUGUCCUUCGUUUUGACGUCUACUCUGUAGGACCCCGAAUACCACAACAACGACCUUCUCAGGUGUCUUGUUGCUGCAAUUGUCCAAUCAGGAUGGCUUCUCCAUCGUUUGUUGAAAAACAUCCCUGUACUGAUCUACAGAUGUCAAGAGUGUUAUGCGAUGGUCAGGUUACGACGAGAUCGCCCUCUGUUGGAUCAAAAAGCGAAACUCUUACAGACCCACUCUGAUGGAAAUCAUGUUUUUCUUGUUGAUGCUACAGGACAUAUCAUGAGAAAACUACAUGAGAAUUUGCUUUUCUGAGUAUUUCUGAUUUCAGAUCGCUGUGAAUCUCUGGCAGACCCAAACGGCAGGUUCAGAAACAGUGAGAUGUCAGAUGUAACCAAUCCAAGCUCCGCCCCCAGAGCCCACUAUGCAGGUCAAAGAUCGUGGAACGAGCGUGUGCAUGAGAUUGCAAUGCUCAUAAGAAAGCUAAUUAUGAUAUUAACUUUCAUCAUGUCCCUAAAGACAUUAGUGUCAGAGAGAUGAAUAGCCCAUAUGUUACCUGCGUCUUCUACUACACUGGCAAUGUUAGGCUGCAAGGUCGCGGCGCUGUCUCCGCCCACAACUCAGAGGUGAAUUGCUAAUGAGCUACUGGAGCUCUGCAGAAGAAAAGCCCACGAAAAUUGGCGUAACAAUUUUCACAAUUUAAAGACCACCAAGAACACUUUAGGUAGUAAAAAGAAACAAUCAGCGUGGGACUUAAAGAUACGGUUUCUGUUUUCUUCAUCGUUUGAAGCUUGUUUUGUCUUUUAUUUUAGUCCUUUGGUUUUGUCUUUAACUUUUUAUCUUUACCUCUACUAAACAUCACAAAUAUCACCAAUCCAGGCAGAGGGAGAUUCGCGACAUUCAGUGGAGUCUGGCGGCUUUGCAGAGAGAAAUAAAACCCUAAAUCUGUCAGCUAUUAAAACGCCAAAACAUGCUUAAAAAUGUCAUCUCUAGAGUAAGUGUUCCUCCGCUACAGACAGUGCAGAUUCCUCGUCCUGAGCUUUGUGGACAGGUUAUGGUUUUUGCAGCUUGGACUGUUAAAAAUGUUGAUUUGAGGAGCUGAAAACACGUAAUUUUAUGUCAUGACAGUCCGUGACAGUUUUCUAUUUCAGGGAGGAUUUUCCGUCUCUGCUGGGAUCUCAUUAUUCACCGCAGGGAAACAUCUCAAACUGUCUGCAUGACGGACGUUAAUAUUUAAGCAGAGAAUACAGAAGAGCCGCGGUGUCAGUUUCAAUAUUUUAUGGCAUAAUAUCCACUCCUGUGAGACGUGUAUUUGUGUUUGUACAUGCAGGUUAAUAGCUGUGUUUGUACCACUUAAAUAAGCUGAAUUAGCUGAAAGUACUCUUUACUCUUAUUCCCCUAAACCCAUAUUCAUUUGAUGUUCAUGUUUACAAGAGGUUGGAUAAUUAGGAGCGAGAACAAACACCAAACAAAGAGCUCAGAGCCUCAUUUUAUCAACACCUCGAAUUCACAUCAAGAGGCUCCUUUCCUUUAAAACCCUGAAGGUCAAACAUGAGCGCAGAGCAGCCCAGAGUUUCUGGACAUCGUGUUCGAGACUCUAUAAAUGUGUUUGUUCGCUUUUAACAUGUUUAUGUGUGCAACGGCUAAACUACACAAGCUGCAAUGUGCCGAUACUUCCUGUUGUUAUCUCAUCAUGCUGUUUCUAAACGUGAUGCCUUAAGGAGGGAUGUCAGCGUCCCUCCUUAUGGUGGUAUUAUGCAGCCUGUGGUGUGUACAGGCUUUUUUUGAGGUCCUGCAUAACAAUGAAAAACACAUUUCCCCGAGCCCGUGCAUGUGCAGUGUAUUAAGGUCAUCCUAGUGGCUAACAGCUCUGAGAAGUCUCUGCAAAGUCUCCAAAGCCCACCUCCUGAGCAAACAAAGCCUCUGCAAGGCGUCUGAAUCUGAUUUGCAUAGGCGUGCAUGAAAAACCACUCCCACUCCCGGUUCUCCACCAGUUCAGCUCCCUCCUACACCACUGUAGCUAUUGGCUGACCACAAAAAGUUUCAUACGAAGGGCAAAAAAGUGAGAAUAAGGUUUAAAAAGUGGGGUAGGCAGGAUCUGAGGAAGAGGCAGUUUUUGGGAGAAACCUAAAUGUAAACUCUACCCCUCCGAACCAGUGCAACGGCAAAGGUUCUCCUGGUGCACUCGCCAAAAUUGUUUUUUCCGCUUCUGCACUCUCCUCUCUCAGACAACUUCCAGGUAGCCAAUCAAGUUGAGGUUAGAAACUAAUCGGCUUCAGAAAUUACUGAGGUAUGAAAGCUGAAGACAGUUUUAGACCCACAGGUUAACGUGUCGAAGCUAACCAGAACAAACUGCUGCAGAUCACGUACCAGCCAGAUGAUGACAGCACAUCAGUGAUUGUUAGAAAUAGGAAAAGCUGACCUCUGACCUCUGGAGGGGGAGGAGAAGAAUCUUGUCUCACGUCUUCAUCAUUAUUGUUAUCAUGAACAAGCUCCAGUAGUAGAUUGACUCAAGCACCUGCCAAAACUCCCAUGAUGCCUUUCACCUCACAUACAUAACUGCUGUUACAAAGCAUGAAAUGAGAGCGGGGUUCUCUCCACAGACGCUGAUCGGCAUCAGUUUGCCUGAUUUUAUUUGCGUUCCAGGAUAAUAAAGUAUGAAAUGAGAAACGAAUGCUGAAAUCUCUCUUCUCUGUUUGAGCUCAUUGAUACACUGAACGUGUUUUUGACUCAUUUUCCGCUGAAUUAUCACGACAUUAGCUUCUCAUUUAUGUGUUUGUCCAAAGGUUUAUUUCAUGUUUUUGAAUUUGUUGAAUCUACUCGCUCAGGCUCGACAUUCUGCUAAAUGACCCAGAGUAACCCCUGGAAUAUUGUGUCCUUUAAGUGAAGGGCAGGAGGCUAAACGUAUUCAUUUUUCAUUUCAAUCUUGAAUAUUCAUGUUUACCAUUAAACAUUUAUCUCUACCCUCAUUUAUUAUCACUUUAACUGAAUUAAUUCAAUAAAAUAAUCUAUUGACAUUAAUAUUUUAAAGGAACACACCUGUGUUUGGGGGAAAUUUGUUACUAAUUCGAUAUAAAUUAAUCAUCACGAAGAAUGUAAUAAAUCAGUAUAUUUGUGACUCUAUAAUAAGGUCCGACCGAUAUAAAUUUUUUUAGGCCAAUGUCAAUACCAAUCAUUAGGGAGGAAAAAAAAUCUGAUUACUGAUUAAUCUGUCAAUUUUUUUUUUAGUUUUUCAAGUUAUAAAAAAAAUAUAUAUAUACAGUAGGUAUACUGAAGGCUACUGCUCUUCACACCGACAGGAAGACCGACUGAUCAAACUCGGACCAGAAAAGCGUUUUCAACUACCACCCCAGCGCCGAUCAGUGCCUCCGAGUCUUAACUCCCGUUACUCAUUUCCGGUCAGGUCUCAUCUGGAGACAUGCAGCUGCCUCAGUAAGAGAAGUAGCUCGAUCACUGAUGUGUACUGUUGUUUAUUCUACCAGUACUGGCACGGCUAACAGUGUAGCAAGGCUAAUAGCAGGUGGCUAACUAACUUUAGCUUGCAUAUUACAUGGUGCUUCACCGUUAACUCGGAACAAAACUGCAGUUUUUUCUUGUUUUUUCGCAAUACUGCAUUGGCUUCAUGUUUUAAAACUGAAGGUUAAAGGUUCGUCACUCAGUAAUCAAGACUCUUGUAUCGAUAAGUCCACUGUCAGCCAUGUUUGCUUUCAGCAUUAAAUGAAUAAGAGGAUGUCUGGACCUUGAAUCUGACUCGAUGUGUCUCUCCAGGUAUGUAAGAUCACGUACGAAACACGACAUCGACAUGCGGAUCGGGAUCCACUCGGGCUCUGUGCUGUGUGGUGUGCUGGGACUCAGGAAGUGGCAGUUUGACGUCUGGUCCUGGGACGUGGACAUCGCCAACAAGCUGGAGUCUGGAGGGAUCCCGGGGUGAGUAAAUGCAAAAGAUACAACAUUUUCACAGGGGUUUGUCUGGCCUUGGAUUUGAUUAUUGGCAAAUCACUAAUGAUCAUGUUUGCUACAAAAAAGCGCAUUUUCACAUGGGCUUAAAAAGGGAUUGACCUACUUUUGGAGAUAGCCCCAAGUGGGCACUCAAGGAACUGCAAUUUUUUUGCACCUGGCAUUGACUCCAUUUUUUAACACCAGAAUUUUCCACUUGGGUUUUCUCUAUAUUUUGGCUAUGAAUGUCUGAAGACAGUGUUUUUCCUGCCAGUUUCAGUGAUAGACAAAAAGAUUAUGCUAACAUUGAGAGCGCAAGUACAGGCUCUUUCUACGACUAUUUUGUCUUAUCUCUUUAACAAAAAAUAAAAUUCCUCACUCAGUUUAUUUAUGGGUUCAAAUGAUUCAGACCCUUUUACGAUGCUGUAUGUCUUUUGUCUAUUGUACAAAACAAAAUAUUUUUGCAGCCCAACCCAGAACCAGUCUUCGUAGGUUUUAUAUUAUUUGUAUUUUAGAGGAGAUUACGGAGAAACCUGUGCCAAAACUAGUCAGAGAAAACCGUCAGAACCGUCUGAUGUACGGUGAUAAAAUAGUCUCCUGACGUCAGUCUGAAGAGUCCCUCUGCCAAACUCUGAGUGGAUUUUCACUCUGAUGAUCCCUUUGGCCUUCAGACAGGAGGUGACAUCAGUGCUCUAACUGCUGGAUUUUAACAUCCUGCCAGCAUCUGUUGUUGAGUGAUGCUGUAAAAACUUGACCCAUGGUCUUCACUAAACCCGGUUACGUAACGGCACCCAGCUGUAGCAUGGCAGGUGCCCAAAGAGGCAAAUUUCACUCUGGUCGCUUAUUGGACCUCAUCUUUGACAUGAUGAGUCGUGUGUCCACUGAAGUAUCUACAAAUACACAGAAACCGUCAGAUUCUUCGUAGAUCCAACUAAAUUCUGACAGGGACAUACUGAAGUUUCAAAGGACUGUCUUUUCAUGUGGGAAAAGUCAUAUAUAGCACUCUUCAAAAACAAGUUAGUAUACCUAAACGUGAAAAGCAGCUAAAUCUAAUAUAAUCGAAAGAAACAAGGUAUUUAAACGUUACAGUCUCUUAAAGAAAAGCUGAAUACCAAGGUUAAUAACAAUUCAAAUUAACCACAAAUUAAAAAAGGUUACACAGAGAAAAGGAGGUCAAAGGAAAGGUCAGUCUCAAAGGACACUUUCCAAACAAUUUUAGAUAUGGCUAGAGGACAGAUUAGAUAUAACCAGAGGUACAGGGAGCAAUGACAACAACCUCAGCUUUGGAGCCCCUUAACAUUUUAGACAUUCAAUUCUUCAUUUCAGUCAAAAAGGACAAACUAUAGGGAGCAUCAGUUGUGCCAGGUUUAACAUGGCGUAGAGCUGAGCGUCAUCUGCAUAGCAGCAAAAGUCUAUAUCAUGUGACGUAUGUAAACAUGAAGAAGAAGGAUCCUAGACUGGAACCCUGGGGUACUCCACAUGAGAGAGGAGCAUAAGAGGAGAAAGCAUUUCAAAGCUCUACUGUAAAGACUUGUUUGACGAGGAGGAGAAGCAUGUACACGGAGAAUAAGAGGGGACUUAGAAUAGACCCCUGAGGGACUCCACAAGACAAACACAAGAAAGGGCGGCAUUCCAAAGUUCUACAGCAAAAAGACGUGCUUGACAGACAGGAAAUGAACCAAUCCACUGCCAUGAAACUGUGGUUGUCCGUGUCAAACGCAGAGCUAAGGUCAAGGAGAAUUAGCAUAAAGCACGAACUACAAUCAUCUGUAAGCAAGAAGUCAUUAGAGACUUUUCUACAGUAUUUUUACCAGUGAGAAAAAGCAACUUUGAGGGUGUCCACUGAUGCAUUUCACCUAAGAUUUUAAGUUUUUCUAUUUGUGAGUAUUCGUUUGACAUGACCCUCUCUCCAUGUCGUGUUCCAGGAGGAUCCACAUCUCCAAAGCUGCUCUGGACUGUUUAAAUGGGGACUACGAGGUAGAGGAGGGUCACGGGAAGGACCGGAACGACUUCCUCCGCCGGCACAACAUCGAGACGUACCUCAUCAAGCAGCCCGAGGAGAGUCUGCUAACCCUGCCCGAGGACAUCAUGAAGGAGGCGGCCAGCUCUGCGGACCGCCGGGCCAGCAGCACCACCUUCAACGAGGCGUCCUGGAGCCCCGAGCUUCCCUUCGACAACAUUGUUGGGAAACAGAACGUAAGUCCCGCCGCUGCUCGUAACUCAGGUCAUGUUUGCAUUUUGUCACACUGUAGAAAAACAUCCAUCUGAACAGCAAACUUGUUCUGCAGCUCAGGAUUUAACCGUUAUUGUUUUUAGAGUAGCUAUAACCGAACCUUUGAGCUUCCUGACAAAUCUUUUAACCAUCUUUAAGUGAGUCUCUGGACAGGCUCUGAGCGGCGCUGCAGAACGAGCUGGUUUCUCAUGACGGAUGUUUUUCCGCAGUGCAUGGGAUCUUCUCAGUUGUCUUGCUUGUCCGUUGGUAGUUUUGUUGUUUUUACUUGGAAUGAGUGGACGGCUUUCUGCAGGGGGAGAGACUGGGUUGUCAUGGCAACGCAUCACUUUGUGUCAUUCCUGCCUGUUCGUGAGGAUGAUGAGCUUCUGAUUGUGUUGUCCAUCAAAACAUCGUCUUCACACCGCCUUCAUUUGUCCACAUCCACGUAAACUUUAGAAAUCAAUUUACCUGCCAGAGACUUUAAAGUCAUGUUACAGGAGAUUUUUUCCUCUAAGUGACUAAAAUUAGAAAUAUAUGGAGAAAGUGAACGUAGGGGUUGGAAAGUUUAUAUCAUUUGGCCAUUUAUCAGCAAUAUUAAUUACAUUUUUAUGACUUUUUUUACAACAAUUUUCUUUUCUUCUUGACUUUUUAAUCUUGAAAUGAUGAGGUAUGAGACAUCUGAGGUAGCUGACCCGAGAAAGACAAAAAAGUCACUAAAAUUGAGAGAUGAGAAAUCUUAACAAUCAGAUUAAAGGUUGAUAAAAUGAUGAAAUACGGGGUGGGGGUUACAAUUAGAGAAAAAGUCAAAAUGAAAAGGUUUCAAUUUAUGAGAUAAAAAGUCUCAAUACCAGAAUUUAAAGCCAUAAUGAAAUAAAAAGUCUAACUUUUGAAACUUAAAGUUGUUGCGGUGAGAUUAAAAGUUGCAAAUAUGAUUAAAAAAAAGUCAGUAUUAAAGUAAAAAGGGUAGUAUUGAGAUUAAAACCGAAGUAAUGAGGAAAGGUGUCGUUACAAUGAGGUGAAUACUCAUAAAGAUGAGACUGAAGGUCACGAUCAUCAAAAGUUUCAGGAUAAAAAGUUGUGAAUUUUGAGAUUUUGAGUCAUGAAAUAAAAUAAAAAGUCUGAAUUAUGAUCAUUUGACUAAAUAGUCAAAAUUAUGACUAAAACUCUAAACUGUAGAAAAAUUUGCAAUCAUGAGAUAAAGAUAAAAAAGGAAAGACUCACAGGAGUUCAACACUCCUCUGAGAGCGUGAAUUCAGUGUUAAAGGUGUCACACAGAAAUAAGAAGCAGCCGUGGAGCUUAUAGAGAGACGUGAGGGUUUGAGCUGAGCGAAGACAGAGAUGCUGAUGUUUUCUGAAAAAUCUGCAUAAUUUUGACUAACUCACGCCGACAGCUCUGUCAGAAAGAAGAUGAAGUGAAGGAGGCGAGAGAUGACGGAUGACAUGAGACGUGAUGGAUGUGAAGAAGUCCUCCCGCACGCUGCCAUCAUCCAUUUCCAAAUUUCUCUCCGCUAACUUAAAUUCUGUCUUUAUGCUGUUUAUCUGGACGUAAGCUCAAAAACGCUGUCAAAAUAUUUACAUUGACAAACCGGCCGCUUUGUUCUCCGCUGAGGACGGUUUGUGGAGCAGUUUUAAACAGGAUUAAGAUCAGAGACGGCUCGUUUAAAGCCUCCAGGUAAUACUAGUCCCAGGAUGAUAGCACUUUACUCUAUGAUAAUAAUAAAAACUCACAGCUCUGUGAAAUAAGGCAGCAGAGAUCUCCACCAACAGAGGAUUUAUAGUACCACUCAGUGAAAGUUAAAGGUAAGGGAAAAGCUCGCUACACAAUCGCCCGCUCAAACCACGUUUGAUUCAGAGUUCAGCACUGACAGAAAUAUCAGUAAAUCCGUCUUUAUCCUUCAGCUGAUUUAACGUUAUCGUGCGGUGUAUCUGCACAGCAGACAGCCUCAGCUCCCGUCUCUUCUCCUGCAGCCGUGAGCCAGCAGUGAACUCUGCGUUACCUCUUGUGUAUAUAUGAGGACAUGUGCGGCUCCUCCUCCUCCGUGAGUCCGCCAAAAGCUUAUAGAUGUGAUGUAACCGUUUGUUUCGGAGUCGGAGGACUAUCUUUUCUCUGAAAAGUGCCACUUCUUUGUCUCACGCACAAUGAAAGCCUGUCAGGACAGUCGUUUCAAAGCCGGGCUCUUAGCAUAUCAAAGGCUCCUCGGAGGAGUUUGGAAGAUUCUUUCAUGUCGACGCUCGGCUCUGCUUGGAGCCCAACUUCUGCCUCUCCGGUGGAUUUUCAGUCCUCUUGGUCCCAGUUUGCUCUUCCUGUUGGUCUGACGGGGUUUGCAGGAUCAGGCAAAGUAAAAACCCCCAACAGCUAUGCAAAGGCCGUAUCCACCAAUGGUAACCAUUCAAGUUCAUGUGUCGAUUUCCAACGGCUUCUUUCCGUUCCGCAGCUGAUCGCAAGAGUUCUAUUUUUUUCUGGACGCUGGAGCAUGCCGGAUAAAUUCAGCACAGAUUUACUCGUGCUGGAAAGGAAGUCGGACACAGACACAAAAUAAAACAUCCGGCUUCUUUUCAAAAUAAAACAGGAGACAAACAAGUGAAAGGUUUAAAACAAGCAUUUCAUCCCGAUGACACCAUGGAUGAGGAGAUGCUGAUUCUAGAAGUCUAGAAGUAGAUUUCCUCCUCUGGAAGGACACAAUGGACUGCUUAUUUGGUUAGACUGUGUGUCUAAAGACAACAUGUUAUCACGUGAUUGCACGUGAAUCUCGGGUUCUUGUAAGUUCUCGUGAUUCCUGCUGUCCGUAAUCCGCCACAAAAUUUUCUCACAAAUUUAUCUAGAAGGAAUUAGCAUACGGCGAAAAUCGCUGCCGUUAUGGAUGGGAGUCGUUCAGGAUGCGGUAGAAAUCCCGGGUAAGGGAGGGUGUCAAAGGAGAAAAGAAAAAGAGUGACAUGAAGAAAGAAUCUUGAUUCCUACGGCUGCCUCAUUUGCUGCUGGAAGCUGACGUUUCCAUUUUACAGCUGAUAAGACACAGGACAAGUCUUUACUAAAGCGUUAUAGUCAAUCUUUCUAUUAUAAUGUCAAAAAAUUCUCACCGGAUCUGUCUUAAAUGAAAAACUAUCUGCUGAAAUUGGCACAUGGUCCAUUUUUAUCAGCAAAUGCCUCAUAUGGAGUCAGACGGAUGGAUCUUUUCAGUCAUAGGCGGCUGAAUGAAACACCAGUGUUCAGGUAACAGGCUCACUAAUACCCUCCAAUCAUCCCCUGUUUUACUGUGAAGUACUCUGAUGAUAAAUGACAUCAUAUCCUGCGUUUUGGGAACUAUCCGGACUGAUUGCCACAAUCAAACCCCGGAGGUUUCUCCUCAGGAGUUUCCUGGACGUGCAGCACUGAAAUCAGACUCCCAGUCUGUGUGGUCUGUGUGGCGGUUAAGUGGCCCUGUCCUCACCUCUUUCAUGCUUCACUGUGUACCUGCCGGCUCCCAUGAUGCACUGCAGUGUGAGUCAGGCUCACGGAAGGAUUGUGCAGAUUUUGUGCGGUGCUAAAGACAGAAAAAGACACUAAUUCACAAAGCUCAUGCAAAGCAAAAGCAUUGGUGCUACUGUAGAUGCCAACAGACUACCAGCAAACACAAUGUUUGCAGGACUUCUACCACUAGGAUAAAGUGACAUAGUCCAGGACCCGAGGGAGGACAGUUUAGCGAUGGCGCUACAACACGCUACAGCAGGUCCGUUUGACAAGAAACACUUCUGUUACAGACACUUGUCUUACUUUGUUAAAGCGGUUUACCUGUCCAGCAGAAAGGUUACAGGGUCACCAAGAUCCCCAAGCGUCCCCCAUCGUUUAUGUUGACCCGGCUUUUUAGCUCUUGUCCGGUCUACCCCCGUUUUAAGCGCCCGUUAUUCCUCCAGAGUCUCCGGUAUUUACUUUGUUUUCUUGCUUGUAUUUUCCGAACUUUCUGGUUGGUUUCUACUGUCCGAUAUUGUAGCACGCUAACUUUGUUUGGGCUUGUUAACGUUAUUGGAGGAUGUGAGCGUGCCUCAAACGCAAGGGAGUAGCAUCUGCCUCACAACCAAUCAGGUUGGGGGAGGCGGAGAACGGCUUUGUUUAUAGUCAGAAAGAGCGAGCCACUCCAAAAAUUUAAAAUGUUGACUACACAGACAAUCCUUCGAAAAGCCACGCCUCCAAACACGUCAUGUUACCGUGAAUUCGACUUCCUGACUCUGAAGUUAAUCUGUCACACCACUAAACAUGUGAGACAUCCAGCACAUGAAACCCUCUGAGAUUACUGUUUACACCCUCCUCUCCUCCCUCCACUUGCCCUUUUCCCGGCAUCAUAUGGUGGCAUUUCCACGAGACAAACGUGUCCUGUUAUUAAUAUGUAUCAUACAUGUAACCCCUAUACUCCCCCCCUCCCAUACAACCACUGCUGCGGGCGAUAUCGCAUCGACCGGCCAGUACACAAGAGGGAAAUGUCAGAGGUGGAAGCGUGUGCCCUUUAGGCUGCGCGCUACUUUAGGCCACGCCAAAAACAAUCAUGGCAGCCGGGCUCAUAGCGCGGUCCCUUCUGAGCCUUUGUGUCAGGAGCUGAUGCCUGAGAGCGGGAGACUUACAGAGGUCAUGUUUGCACACACGGGUUGUUGUUGUUGUCUUUGGCUGAAACAUUAUAAGUUAGGAGUGAUGCAGUCACACAGAUGUGGCGAUAGAAAAUAUAUUUCUUAUCUGAUUUUAAAGUUUGUUGGACGGAAAUGUGGUGUUCGCUCUUCUGUUGCACAUAUAUUGUCACAUUUACAAUAAGCUUACUUUUAGGACCUAUAUGAAAUAAAUCUAACUAGCAUAUCAGGUUAAGGCCUUCUGUAUAUAGGUAGUUGAAUUUAAGGCUGCGCUGAGCUGAAAACUUGUUAAACUUGGUACUUCGCUAACUAAAGGGCCUCAGACUGAGGCGCCAGUGGACCAACAGUCUAAGCACCCCAAAUACAGCCACUUAAGUCCUCAUCUCAGUGGUCACUGGUUUGAUAACCGUCCACGACUCUUUAUUUAUAUAUUUUGGUGUUUCUGUUGCAAACAUAUCUUAAAAUAAGUUAGCUACAGGAGAAGUUUGCCAAAAACUCUUUCAAUGUAGCCUGAUGUGCACCUCCUCAAAAACGUAACCACACACUGCAACAGCUCAGAGCCUUUUGAUUGACUAAGUUAGCAUGACCACACUGCAUACAAUAUGCUUGACCAUCAGCAUUAAAAUUAGCAGAAUGACAGUUUCCUAUCUGGCAAUUUCCACUGCAUCUGGAACAGCUACAAAACGGCCGUAUUCUCCGAUCUUAGCUGAUCAUAACCAUUCAGGUUAAUGUGUCAAUUUCCGCCGGCUCCUUUCCGUUCCGCUGUGGAUCGCUGGACUCCGCAGCUGAUCGCAAGAGUUCUAUUUUUUCCGAAUGCCAGAGCAUGCCGGAUAAAAACAGCACAGAUUAACCCAUGCUGGAAAGGAAGUCGAACACAGACAUAAAUCCACGAAAUUCGCCUCACAAACGGGUCUGGUAGGCAUUGGCGAACAGCGAAAAUCACCGCUGUUCCAGAUCGGAGCCGUUCCAGAUGCAGUGGAAAUCCCUGGUUAGAGUGUCCAAACCUGCUAUAGGUGACGCAGAGCAAAGCGAUGUGCCAUUUUAACUCUGUCUCUAUUUCCUGGAUAAGAAAAUGUUAUCCACGGAGUUAAGAUCAGCAGAUGUCUCCAAAUUUUACCAAGUGGUCUGACGAGUCUUGGCUCGUGUUAACAGCAAGAUGAGAAAGUUUGAGAACUGCCUCAGUACUGAGUAUCAAAUCUCCUCAUAUGAGUGACGUGUGACUCUGACAUUAUGCAGCCGGUUAAAGUGACCUGUGAGGCCCGUCAGUCUUCAGUAAUCUGCAGGAAGCUCUGAUCGCCGUUAAAUCAGCCGUUAAUGACAGUCGGUGAUCGUCAGAACAGCUUUGACUGGUUAAAAAAAAGGAAAGAAAUCCACUAAUGAGAGUUUUUCAAGAUCAUUUUUCUGUUUCUCCAUAAAUGAACUUUUAACGACCUCUGCGAUGAGGAUUUAAUUAAUUAAAUCAGAGAUUUUAAGCCAGACAAGGUGAGACAUGUAACUGUCAGGAGAUGUUUGGAGACGGUGAAUGUCUUUCUCUCCAUCAUCGCACAUUUCUCUCAUAAUCGCAGUAAUGGCCGCCAGCUCUACAGGGCUCAGACUCUCAAAAGGGUAAUUUGUCUGAAAACCGCUGCACGGCUGCUUUAACUCACAGCUAAUGGUGGAGAGCUAAUGUCAACGACUGUGAGAAAAUGACUCCUCACGUAUGACCUCCAUCACUUUCACUCCAAGUGCUUCUCUUUAAGAAAGUGGCGUCUCCACCUGGACUGACAGGAGCUCAUUGGACAAGAGAAAUGAUAUGGAUAUGGAUUUUUUGGCGCUGAUGCCAAUACCGACCAUUUGGAGGGGGUCCGAUUACUGAUUAAUCGGACAAUUUUUUUAAGUUUUAAAAUUUUUGUUAAUUUAAGUAAUAUAUCUACAUAUUUACUUUUUUUGACAAAUGGCUGCUUUUGAGCCUUUCAAACACUUCUCAGUAAUAUUAAUCUCGGUAAUGUUUCACGUAUUUAUCAUAAAUUUAUCAUGAAUCAAACUCGGAUCAGAAAAGCGUUUUCAACUUCGUUCAACAUCGUCAAGUUGUUUGAACUGACACUUGCUGAUUUCUUGUCUAACUGGUUUAUUUACCGUUGAGGAAGACCACUCUCCUCCGUGCGUCCCCGCCACUACCUGCUUCGGAUCCAUCACUCUGCUGUGCUGUGAGGUAGUUAGUGGAUGAAGAUUGCCAUGAGGUCGCUGCGCCAUCUACAGGAUAAGUCUUUUCAAAUGGGGGAACAUUUUCGAAGUGAAACCAAAUCUUAUCCUCCGCAUUUUAUUUCUGAAAAUAUUGGCGAGUUGUACGGGCUAAAAUUGGCCGAUAAAUCAAUCGGGUCCUAGUAGAGACUGGAUUUUUUUUCUUUUAUUCCUUCAGUUUUGGCGGUAAACUUUCAUUGCUAAGGUUGCUGUUGCCUCUGAAGGCCUGUUAUGUGAAAUUCACCAGCCUCUGCGCAGUCCUACACAAAGAGACACAACGGUCAUGCUGUUUGGUUGGGAAGAUGGCCACUGUGGGAAAACCGUCUCUUCAGAUUUAAAACUUUCUUUCAGACAGAGCAAGACGAGAAGUGAGAAGGUGUUCAAUCAAAACCUGAGGAGGACACCCUGUAGAUAAUCUUCACAGUAUCGCGAAUCGACGACCUGUGAGGUUGUCCGAGUGGAGGCUGUGUUUCACGUUCUUUUUGGUGUCUUUUCAUGCUUUGUCUAUUUUCAUCUGUUUAACGCAUUUUCAUUCGCAGCCAUUCCGAUCAUAAACGCCAUUGUUGUUUUAAUGUGUGCAUUAUCACAAGCUUUGUCUCCACUAACGUUGACUCUGUGAGUGACUGGGAGAUGAUGCAUGACUUGCCCUGAGCCGUCUGUCUGAUAGCGAAUGUUGCAUUUUGGUCUCCCCCUUUUUCUUCCCGUCCCCUUAAUUUUCUUUUUCUUUUCUUUCGUGUAUGUUCUGAACGUAACUGUGUGUCUGUUCUUCUUUUUUUCAUUUGUAACUUGAAUGAAACAAAAAAAAAAGGGGGACAAGCAGGUUCAUUCUAUGUGCAUGUGCUUUCCCCCUAGACUCUGGCUGCCCUAACGAGAAAUUCGAUAAAUCUGCUUCCAAACCAUCUCGCACAAGCUUUGCAUGUCCACUCUGGUCCUGAGGAAAUUAACAAGCGAAUAGAGAGCGCCAUCGACUUACGGAGUGGCGAUAAGUUGAGAAGAGAGCAUAUCAAGCCUUUCUCACUGAUGUUUAAAGACUCCAGCCUGGAAGAGAAGGUAGCUGGGGUUUUAGACAGAUAACUGUUUUUUUUUCCUUUCUCUCUCCUUCCUAACAUCUAUUUUUAGACCAAGAUCUCCAGAAGCAAAACAAGAACCAACAACUUUUUUUUUUUUUUUGUCCUGUCAUGAGUAAGCUAAAGGCACCGGGAAUACUUUUGUUAUCAAUACAAUCUACUUACACGAGUCUGUUUUAGACGAGGGUGAAAUCAGAGGAAAUCAAUUCCCUCAGUUGGACUUUUUAAGGAGUCUGAAGCUAUCUCAGUAAAUCUGCACUCAAACUUUUCGACUAAAAAAGUGAAUUGAAGAGAUUGUUAAUUUUUACAUGAAAUUUCAUAUCUAGUUAUUGACUGAUUAAAAAACCAAAUAAAUAAAGCAAAUUAAACUAAAUGUAAUGUCAGUAUCAUAUCGCCAAUAUCUGCUGUAUUCCCAGCUACAUGAAUAAUGGGUGACACUGGCACUGAACCCAAAAUCUGCGUUUCUAUGGCGUCAGGAUGCUUACUCAGAAAUCCCACCAGAUGCGGACCAGCAGGCGGAUAAAAUACGCAAGCAUAAAGUGCCCACCGGAUCCGAUCUAACUCUGCUAUCAGAGGAGAAGCGCUUACAAGAUUACAGCUAUUUCUCGUGAGACUGGACAAGAUCUCGACAUUGAAUGAGAUCCGCCAAUAGGUGUAUAUAAACACCCACAUCCCACAACCCAGGCCUCUCCAAUUAUUAAGCUAAGAACAGUUCAACAUAUUGACUUUAUUUUGUUUUGAAAAUUUACUGGAUAUUUUACUCUGUAGCUGCACAAAACUUCCGCUGCUCCUCGUGCUGCGCUGCACUAAAUCGAUACACUUUCCUACAGCGUCUGGCAAAAAUAGAAGCCUUGCCAGCCGCCAGAGCGGAACCAGACACAGGUAAAGGAUGGUAAAGCAUUAAAGAAUUAUAGCAGCACAGCCCAAGCAAUGGUGGCUGGCUGCCCCAUAAUUCAGGCACCACAUAUGACAGGAAUUUGGGCUUUGACUGGAGAAAUAGACAAUAUGUGAUAGUUUAGUUGAGUAAACAGGUGUAUCUAUAGUUUAAACCCUUGUAAAUGGACCAGGACUAAACUUGAACUACAGCUCCUAAUGUCACUGAGGAUUAGACCUUCUUAGAAGAUUAUAUAAAAGGUUAAAGUGCCUCGUGCUUCAGACUCUAUGCUUGUGUACAUCAAGAAACAUAGUGAACCCAACCUGUAACAGCAGAUAAUAUCUCUAAGACCUUUUUUAAUCGUUGUAGCUUAUAUACUUUUCCAACCUGAUCUAUGACUUAUGAGUUUUUAAAUUUGGCUUUAUUUUUACCACUUUUACCACACUGAUUUGUACUGCGACUGAUUUGCUCCGAGCCUCCUUUAGUUUACUCAUGACCUGCAGUUCACAGACCUGUUACUCUACUACAGUGUUGUGGAAAAAGUUGACUCGUUCAACUUUGAUUUUUCUAUUUUACAGGAGCACAUUGCAUUCGCAAAAGAAAAAAUGAGUACCCGUCCCUUGAUUAUGAUUUAGCAUCUCAUAAUUAUCAAACCUCUUUCUUUAAAUACAAGAGGUAUAUGCGCUAGGCUGAAUGUACAAACAAAUGCUUUAACUGGUUCAAAAUAGAGGAAGAACUUCGCAGAUCAGUCCAGCUUGUGGAGAAACAACUAGCUUAAGAAACAGAAGAAAACUAAAUACAUUUUGUGCUGUUUAGCAGCAUUAGCAAAUUUUCACCGUCAACAGCUGACAAGUUAGGUUGAAAAACUUAUUCUUAAAGCAACAAACAAAACUAAGAGAAUACCUUUGAUUUUGAUAAAGGAAAACUAAUGCCCAAGUUGCCGAAAACUGCAGUUCCUCAAGUGUCCACUCGAGGCUGCGUCCAAAAGCCAAUGACACCCCAUUGGAACCAACAUCAAAAUGCAAAUUUUCAAAGUAGAAAUUAACACGUUGACAUCUUGAUGGAAGAACAAUUUUUGUGUGAACAGAGCAUUUCUCUGCCUGUACACAUUGUUCAGGGUUUGAAUUGUUUUCAAUCAUCAGUUUUUUCGGAUAUCGAGAAUGUUAGCUUUUAACAAAUAUGCGUUAUUUGGGGCGUGGCUGAUUUCACUGACAUCCUGGUUUAUUUCAAAUGAUUUACAGGAAGUCUAAGACCUUCUUCAAACCUUACUCCGUGCUUCUUUUCUGAUUUGACCAAAUGUUAAGUUGAGUGAGCAAGUCCAAAUCGGUAAACUUCUUUGUUGGGCUUUAAAAAGCCUUUUCAUUAUUUGGCAUUGAGAUGUUAGAUCAAAAUCAACGUCCAAUCACAAGAAAACGUUUUUUCCUUGGUGAAUGCAAUGCACUGCUGUAGCUUUUUGUCCUUUUCUUUCUUAUUUUGGUUCAAUGGCUAAGCUCACCUUUGACCUUUAAGUUCACCCUCAUAUGCCCCCCCCUUCCCCAUUUAUGUUUCAGUUUAAAUCCCACCACCAUCUUCAAAACUUUCCCAAUAACCUUUUUUUAUUGGUUGACCUCUUAACCUCUUCAGUAACUGUGCAGUGAUUUGCUGUUGGCCUCCCUCAUUUUUACGUUUUAGUUUUUUAUUUUUUUGCCAAAGUUGUGAAGAAACAUGGAGCAUCCUCUUGCUAAUUUCCCAGCACCCUUUGAGAAAGAGACAGAGCUAGGAGGGGGACGGCGGGGACCGUGGUGGGGUGGAAAGUUUCAGUCUGAAAUGAGUCAGGCUAUUUGUCCAGACUGGUGACUCAUCAGGUUUAAUUUUAACAUCAGCACAAGGCUUUCUUUGGGGAGUGCUAACACCUAAAACUUUCUCCUUUUUAUCUCAAAAUAACUUUCCAGUCCUAAAAGUUUUGUAUGUUGGUAAAAAAGUCCAAUUUGCCUUUUUUAAACCGAGUUUAUUGAUGCUUAAGUGCAUGAUAAGAGAGAGUUCAACUUGAGGGAAUUGGCUUGGGAUUCUACACUGAAAAUAGCCCCUUUAAUGAGUGGGACUUAAUGAAAGGGACUUAAUGUGUCUAGUUGUUAUGAAAUCUGGCCGACUUCAGAUCUGCAAUUUGUAGAUUUUUGCAUUUUUGCUUGUGUUGCUCUGAAUCCUCUCUACAUCAGACAUUUUCUAAAAUACAGACCGCUUGAUCGAACACCUUACCAGUUGGAAUAGAAGCAUUAAUGUGAGUGUUUGUCUCUAUUUAUUUUUUAAAGUUUAGCUUAGAUUGGUCGUUAGCAUUGAGCAUGUUAGCGCUAUAUCCUGAGGGUCUAUCAGACUCAAAAAAAAACAAAUCAAUCUAAUACUAAUAGAUAAUAACCUUUCAAAAACUGUCAGCCCUUUUCAGUUUAGCCGCACAGCUAGCUUAUUUGUAGUUCUGUGUUUUUUGUCUCUAACUUAGCUAAUGUCGAUAGCAAAUGGCUAACAGCUAGCAUCGUGCUUGUGAGCUUUGCAUCUUCCCCAGGACCCCACAGCUAACCCACCAGCUCCUGUCUCUCUCUAACGCUUGUGGUUGAACCGCAUGCUUUGCAUCUGUCCCGGUGCGUUGGUGUGUUUGAGGUGCAUUUCAGUGUGUUCAGUCCUUUCUGUUUGUCAAAAAAUUAGGUUUCUCCAUUUUUCCCCUCACCUCACUUCUCUCCUUUUUAUUCCCUUUUUUGUCUGCUUUUCCUUUUUUUUUUAAUGGUGCAGUACUCCCAAAUGAGAGACGAGGUGUUUAAAUCUAACCUGGUUUGCGCCUUCAUCGUGCUAAUCUUCAUCACUACCAUCCAGAGCCUGCUUCCCUCUGCCAGGUAAAAAAAGGACAUAAACAUAUUUAACAUUUUAUAUGAUCUAGAUAAAAUUCUAUCCAGCUAGCUAAGCUAAGAUGUCUCAAAUUGGAGGUUUCCAAGUUUCUAGAUUUGAUAUUACGACAAAUGUUCUCCCAAAGGUUGGUCAUGGAUGUAGUAAGUAUGGUAAUAUAUAUAUUUUUUGCUGUUGUUACUACUUGGCGAUCUUUUGUGUUCCUAUAGGAUGGUGACCAUGGUGAUCCAGUUUUCAAUCCUCAUCAUCCUUCACUCCUGCCUGGUUCUAGUCACAACAGCAGAGGACUACAAGUGUCUGCCUCUGGUUUUGCGCAAAGCGUGUUGUUGGAUCAACGAGACCUACGCGGCUCGAAAUGUCAUCAUCUUUGUAUCUAUUCUUAUCAACUUCCUGGCAGCAAUGAUCAAUAUAGUGAGUCAGUUUUAAGAGCUUAUAUGUGAUGGCUAUGAUCUUACCUCAUGAAGAAAUUGGAGCGUCCUGAUGUUCUUUAUCUAAAAAUGACGACACUAGUUCAUCCUUCUUCUUUUAUAAACAAGAGAAGAGGGUUUUUUUGUGGCUUCUGCAAAUGACUGCUUGUUGACAAAUGUAUGAAGAUUGCCCUGAACCUGUACCAGUAAAUACCGUACUAAAAUCAUCCCUGUUGGUCUCUCACAGCUGUGGUGCGACUUCGACAAGUCCACCACGUUCAGGAACCAGACGUACAAUGCAUCGGCCUCCAUCCCGGACAUCUGCUUUUACCCUGAGGUACUAACUAAAUGAUGUGUCUGAAAUUUUGCAGUCAGGACCAUCUGUUGUGUUUUUCAUACUGGCUACAGCGGCGAAAUGAUGAAUUAAACAUUCUGGACAUCUGCUUGCACCCAGAGGGAGGUCUCGCCUCAGUUACCGACGACUGAUGGAGCCACAAGAACGUCACAGAGCCAACAUCCAUUAUGUUCAUUUGAUCAUACAAUAUGCAGCUGAUUGAUGAACUGAAUGAGGGAGCAGAAAUUUGUGGCUCUCAGCUUGGGGUUGAGUGUUUGCAAGUGUAAAUCACAACCUUUAUGUCCUCUGGAGGGUCAGGGGAGCUGGUGUGUUUGUAAUGGGAACUUAUUUCAGGUUUGUUAAAGGAAAUUUUGUUUUUCAGCAGUGAGAAAUCAAGACUGAAACACUGAAUGACACCAACUUAGGGAAACAUUGUUAAACCAGAAGCCUUUGACCCAUUUUGACCUUAAAUAUUCAUUAUUUUGUCUUUAGAAAGAGCUGUUUUUCUCACUUCACACACAAAGGUCAAUUCACUUGUCGGAAUGAAUAGAAACACACCUUUUCAAGCAUUUGCACAACGUCCCCUGUGACUGAGAGAGCUUUGUUUGUUUGGGAAAAUAAGCACUGAUGAUUUCAUUAUUGUUUUUACCAAUUUGGCACCUGAUAGCUACAAAGGAAUACUAGAAAAGCUGUGAUACAAACAGAGGGAAAAGACUCCAAUAGAUAGUGAAGUGGAGUACCAAUUAAGCUCAGAGCUGAAACUGAAACCCCCUCAUUUAGAGACUCGGUAGUUCAACUUCCAUUUCAUUUCUCUGUUUCAAGCUCUAUCCUGUCCUCUCUAUAGUUCUAUAAUGUCAUUAUAUUGAACUGCAGAAAUACGUAUCAUUCCCCUAACAACAUUAACUCGUUCCUCUUUGUUCUUGUGUCCAGUACUUUGUGUUCACAGGAGUGCUGGCGAUGGUGACGUGUGCAGUGUUUCUUCGGCUGAACUCAGUGUUGAAGUUAGCAGUGUUGCUGGUGAUGAUCGCCAUCUACUCCCUGCUUACUGAAGCUUUCUACACCUCGCUGUUUGUCCGCUAUGACACCGUCCACCACAACACAGAGUGAGUGUUUCCAGAGGGGGUUUAAAUCAUUUGUAAAAACUAAAGUAUUGGGGAAAAAUGUGAUAAGACAGCAGCAAGACAAAGUCCUACAGCUGUCUGUGCAGGUAUUUCAGAGAUCAAUCAACACUCUAUGUAAAAAUGGUAAAAAAUCAAAGUGCUAAAACCCCACUCAAAGGCGCAAAACACAAGCCCACCAAGUUAAUGAUCUAGAUAAGCUCUUGCAAUAGAUCUUUUUGGCUCUGUUCAUGACUAAUGUUAAUCAGAAAACACCGUACAGACUGCACGCUCAUGUGAAAUUGGACUCUACAGGCUUCACUACGUCCAAAAAACGUCAUCAGACACAUUAAAACUGAUCUCAAACCCUAUUGCAACAGUUACACCAUUUAAAACACUGGAUUGUUGUAAGGGCUGAGGCAUUAAUCUUAGAUUCUAGAACCUGGCAUUGAUCUUACAUUCUAGAAUGUAUCUUUGAUUUUAUGCCGAGGUCAGACUUCACUUUCUUUCCUUCUGUUACUGUGUUAGAUUUGGUGAUCUCAGAACAAAAUCAUGCAGUGGUUUGUUCAUGGACAACUUGGUUCCGCCUUCCGCUUAUAUACGAAUUUAAAGCCGAAAAGCUCUCGGCAAUUCUGCGUUAUUUCUCCAUUUCCUUAAACCAACAUUGUGCAGUAGCAUUGCACACAUUCAGCGGGAGAGUCGCAGAGAGUCGCUGUGAUGACGCCACGAGAGUUUGCUGUUCUCGGAGUGGCUUCACCCAGCGAGGAGGCAGACGCUGUCCAUUCUAUAUACAGUCUAUGGGUUUGACCAACAGACGACAGACUACACAGUGGUACACGACAAUAUCAAUCACAGACUGUAUAAUAACUAGACAUGGCAUCAGUGAUGUCACCUGUUUGUUUCUGAGGCAAACUUUCGAAACCGAUCAGCGGUAGUUAAACCUAAUUUUCGACAGCCUAUCAGAGGCGGGUCUUUAGCCCCCUCACUAAUAGCUACACUGUCAGUCAGGUUAGCUUUGGCUUUAAUCCACCAAUACUGUAACCUAAUAUCUUUGAAACGAACAUGUUUAACAAGGUAAAUUACAGUGGGUGCCGGUGGAGCCCUGAGUUAGUUAGACUGAGACUGUUUUGGUCUGCGGCCAUCAAGCGGGUACUCUGGGAACGGCAGUAUUUAGCACUGUUUCAUUGGCUUCAUUCCACUAGACCAGGAGUUGCUGCUUGGGUAAAAGUGAUCACCCAGCUCUGUUAUGUACUUGAUUUCCAAUCAAAGACCCGUCUGUUGUUGAUGCUUGCCCCAAAUGUAGGCAAACUGUGUUAAAAUAUUAUCUUAAAGACAAAGGGCUCAGCUCUGUAAGGAGGAAAUCAGAGGUAGUUGUUGUUCCUCUUCUUCUGAAUCUUCUCAUCUUGACCUUUCUCUCUUUUUUCUCAGAGGGCCAUAAAGAAAAUGAGUGUAACUCCCACCUGCACCCUUCAGAGCUUUAAUGGAAACCUUUGCUGCAAAGGGAUAUAAUUUUAACUCUCUCCCUGCUCUAUGCUUUUAUAUAUUGACGCUGUAAAGGUCAUGGUGCUAGCACUGAGAACACCUGCAAGAUGAGUUUUCUCACGGCCGCAACAUUUAUGUCCAGAAAAAAAGGUCAAAGAGGCUCCCUGAUGUCCCUGUCUUUGCAAGAAUCUAAAAAUUAGGGUGUAUUGAUUUGCUCCCUGGACUAUAGCUGUACACUCUUAGCUGUAAACGAUGUAAAAAAAAAAAAAUAGCACUUCAUGGGUUCAAUAAGUUGUAAAAAUGCACCGAAUAACAAUUUCAGGAUGAAGGUCAGUAACAACAAUGGACAGUGCCACUUAUCUGUACAGUGAGAAUUACACUCACAGUAUAAGCCAGUUGUCACUCACUAUUACAGCACCAGAGAGACAGAGACAGGAACAAAGACGCACUAAGUAACUCUCCUCUGACCCGUUUCUGUCCUCUUUUGAUUCCAACAGAAACUUUCUGGGGACCAAAGAGACGUCUUUACUCCUGAUGGCCAUGUUCCUCCUCGCUGUGUUCUACCACGGCCAACAGGUGAGAUCACACCAACAGCAAACUCUUCAUCACUAUUGAUUAAAAACUUGCAACCUUGUGGGUUCAGUACACUCAACCACAAUCAUGGGGAAGACUGCUGGCUUGACAGAUGGCCUUGGAUGAACAUGGACACCCUCCAUAAUGAGGGUGAGCCCCAGAAGGUCAUGCCAGAAAAGGGCUGGCUGUUCACAGAGUGCUGUAUCAAAGCAUGUUAACAGAAAGCUGACAGGAAGGGUAAAGUGUGGUAGAAAAGGUGCGCUUUAAGAGGAUUGUCAAACAAACCAAAGAGGGACUUCGAAGGAUUUCACAAGGAGUGGACUGAAGCUGGAGUUAGUCCAUGAAGAACCAAUACACUCAGACGUGUCCAGGAAAUGGGCUACAAGUGUUGUGUUCCUACUGUCAAGACACUCCUGAACCAGAGACAGAGCCAUAAGUCUCUCCUGGGCUAAGAUGAAAAAGACAUGGACUGUUGCUCAGUGGUUCAAAUGUCCAGUGUGAUGAUUCAGGGUGACAUAUCAUCUGAUGAUUUUUGUCCACUGAGUCUGAUCAAGGCGAAAGUCAACUCAGGCAAUUUUAGAGUACUUCUUGUUUCCAUCUGCUGACAAGCUAUACGGAGAUGCUAAUGUCCUUUUCCAGAAGGACUUGGCACCUGCCGACAACGCCAAAACUACAAGUGGUUUGCUGACCAGUGUAUUACUGUGCUAAAUUGGCCUGACCUCAAUGCAAGCUCUGCUAGCGAGCGCCGUCUGCAGCUGCCUGGACAGCUACCGCAUUGAUGUUGCAGAGACUAAUAAGAGUAAUUUAUGAAACAUGUGCCACGAUAAAAGGCGAUAAAGUGACCUGUUCAACAAAAACUCUGCUGUCACCACUCUAAGGAUGACCCGAUGUUUAUUCAAGUUAGAUUCCUCGCUUGAUCACAUUUCCUCUUCAUCUCCGCCCUAUCUUUUUUUGGCUUGCGAUUUUUUCCCACUUUUGGCAUCGGGGCAAGCAGAAGUGGGUUUUUUUUGCAUCCUUCUCCAUCACAGCUCCUGUAGCUAAGCUGCUACACUACUUUUAGCCGCUCAGAGUGGGAGGGGACGAGUCGGAACUACGGGAGAGAGGUGUGUCGAAUACAGAUACGAUCGAUAUAGAAACGAGGUUCAUAGUAAUUACCAUAAUAAUUACCAAUCUCUCCAAUUGUCAACCAUGCCUUUAAGAUAACCGAUUUUUGAUUUCCAGAUAUUUUCUUUUUUUUAAAUGCAUCUGCAAUUUUCUUAUCAUUUUAGAUUCCUUUAAGCAUGAUUAUGCAAGCUAAGAUCUCAUGCAGCCAAACACUUGAGCUGUACCAUGGGGCUUAAGUAUAAAAAAAUCACUGCAAUCACUGUAAUAGUAGAGGAAAUCAUCCUUAUGAGGUGCCCGUUAUUAUCUGACCCUGUGUGACGCUUCUUGAGAUACAUAGAGCCGCUGAGACACACCACUUCCUUUCAACAACUAAAACAAUAAAUGAGUCAUUUUUAUAAAGCAGCAGCUGAGGAAGACGCCAGAGGAAAACUGGUAUCACCAUGCUGCUCUCCAAGGAAACCUUUGAUCAUGGAGUUCACCGGCUCGACAGCAACAAGAGAUGGAGGGCAGACGAUCGUGAUUGAAGGUCCUUUGUAGCCUCAUGAAAGUAGAGAGCGGCCACAUUUGAAGUCAUCGGCUGGCAUAUUGAUUUUCCCAGGGUCAGUCUUAGACUUGUUUGUAAGGCCGAGACAAUAACAGCUCACAGCGGGUGUCUGCAGCUCUCACAGCUCUCUGUGAGAGAUGCAUCAGGCAAAGAGAGGAGACUACAAAUAAAGGAGAUGGUAAACUGUGUGCAGGGAGGUCCAAUGUGAUCCAGCUUCCGUUAAAGUACAAAGUUAUAAGUUUGAUUUGUUUGAAUUUAGUGUGAACUUUAUUAGCCCCAUUAGCUGUGGUUAACCUUUUUUUAUGGUAUGUUUCUGCGUAUAUCCAAAACUGUGCAUGAUGGAGAACUUGUUGAUGGCCUUGGUCAAGUGUGUUUGACCCCAGCAGGACUGAAGUGAUGCUAGUUUGUUAGAGGAAAGCAAUGUGGGUAUCCUUAUUUGAGCAUUCUGAGAUUAACACCGUACUGUAUCAUGAUGCGAAAAAACAGGUAAUGACAGUAAAGUCUGAUCACUAGGGUUGGGUAUUGUUUGAUUUGAUUCCAAUUCCGGUUCUCUCUCUCUCUCUUUGUCCUGUUUGUGUUCGGCGGCUUCUUCUUCAUUGGUGUUAAGCAGCGUCUUCUUCGUUGGUGUUCAGCGGCUAUUUCUUCCGGUCUGUGUACUCCGGCGUCGAAACUUGGAAUCAAAAAUUUUCAAUUUGAAUGGUUCCAGGUAAAUUGGAAUGUUAGUUCCAGUCCCCAUUGAUGCUCGAGACUCGAUGCCCAACCCUACUGAUCUCAUUGCCUACCAUGAAUGUAGUGUAAUUCCAGAGUUUGAGCUCUAAUCGGAUCAGAUUACCUUUGAACAACCACAGUACCUCAAGUGUCCACUAGAACAGUGGGUCUUAACUGGUGGUUCCUGACCCAAAAGUGGGUUGCGGAGACGUUCUGGAUGAGUUGCAAACAGCAGGUCAAAAAAGUAAAUCAGCGCAUCCAAUGUUUGACAUGUUUGACUUGUUUUGAAAGAGACACAUACACAUGCAGCGGCCUAAGCUUGGUGGGCAAGGUAACUACCAUACAACACGGGCUAUUUAAAAUGUGCAUUUUGGUUCACUGAGGAUGAUAAGGGCAAAAAAAACCCAGUGUGUAAUAUGUAGCCAGGUGUUUGCAAAUGAGCAUGAGAAGCUCCAUUUGGGAACAAAACAUCCCACAUAUAAAAACAAGCCAGUGGCACUUUUUCAGAGACAACUCCAGAAGCUGCAGACUUGAAAUGCUCUGAAAUGCACUUUACUCAAUCAAACCGGUGUAUUUGUGUUAAAGAUUUGAGUCUAUAAAGGUUUUUUUUUUUAUAAAAAAAUAAAUUUGUGUGGUUUGAAUUCUAUAAAAGUGGGUCGCGACUUAAGGACCAUGGGAAAAUGUGGGUCCCAGAGUGAGACCAGUUGAAAACCACUGCACUAGCAGGCUGUCUCCAAGAGUGAGUCAACCUCCAUUGAGCUUCAUGUUGCAAAGUCAAGCUUUGUUCAAGUCUGAAGAAAUCGUGACUCAUAAAAGGAGCAGGUGGACGUAUGAAUUGAUGUAGUUCAGCUCCAUUAAUGUUAACCAUCAGUUAAAGUAACGAUUGACGUAAGAUCAUUUCGCCAAAUUCUCCGUCAUAGUGGCAAAGACAUGAUGAAAGAUAUGAGUUGACUAAAAAUACUGGCAGAAAAAGGCAGCAAAGAAAUCCCUGAGAGCUGAACCUGAAUGCCAAGUCUCGGUUGGAGCUCUUUGGUCGAUGGUUAAGGUUUUGAAGAACAGCAUAGGCCUCCGCCUUUGAGCGAAGAUCCAACAGAAAGAUCUUCUAACAAAGUCACUCUGAAUCAGCAAACCCAGGAAUAACGAAGCAGCUCCUCCCUAAACAAGUCUUUCCUCCCCUUUGUUGCUGAGCACUAUGAUCUGUUGUAGAGAAAAAACACGUAAAGGGUGUGAAAACCGGAGUUAGUGCCUUUCUCAGAGACUCUUUUAAGCGAUUUCAUUGUGUCGGGAAGAAGAGCGCAUUAAAGCAGAGAGACGGAGGAGACUCACUCUUUUAUCCUGCUCGGCUUUUCUUAUUAUACGCUCUCAUUCAGCGCUCGUUAAAUGUGGAAAAACAACAUUUACACACAUUUUCCGACCACAUUGUGUUUCUGCUGCAAGUACACAACUUAUUAUGAGAGCCUGGGCAAUCUUUGAUAACCGAUACAAAAGAGGAGACGGAUGGAUGAUUACAGAGCAAUUUUAAACUCACAGGGAUGAAGACUCUCUUUAACUGAAUCAUUUUGUAUUUGAAUAUUGAGUCAAACAGUUUUUCCCUCUAUUAUCCUCAGUAUUUGGCGAUGCAGUGUUGAUAUCUGUUUCUAACCUCAGUCUUUUGCAUAAUGAAAGGAAAGUGGCAGAACAGAGAGGCCGGACAAAGUUGUUCUUUGCAACCAAAGUGAGAAAAAUUAGGAUAUUUGUACUUUUUCUCCUAUCUUGUCACGAUCUUUUUAGUCGAGUUCGCUCAGUCUUUCAUUCACUCACCGAAGUCUGCCAUGAUCUUGCUCUCGCAACUUUGUUUUUGCACCGUCACAGGUCACGCAAAGUCAUGCCAACACAGCAGGUCCUUGGACUGCCAAAUUCUCAUGAGUGUCACGUCUACACCGGACACGGAAAACAUUUACAUGCAUCAUCAACGUGUUUUUGGAUGCCUGAAUGUUUUGUGUUCGCAUCUUGUGCCAUAUCAUGUUUAUCCGGGUUUUGAUAAAAAAAUCAAGAAGUGUUGAAUAGCUCAGGGUAGCUACAUCGUCACAGUGUUUGUCCUCCAUUUUCCAGAAAAAUGACCUUGCUCUGGAACUGAUUUUAAGGUUUUGCAGCCCUGCACCUGUUUUUCUCUCUUCACUUUGUGGAGACCGCACUAUAGGACCAUGAUCGCCAUAGAAACGAGGUUCAUAAUAAUUACCAACCUCUCCAAUCGUCAACCAUGCCUUUAAGUAGUUUUAGUUGUAAUGUGUCGUGGCCUAAAGUCACUUCAUUCACACAAAGAACUCUCUAAAUCGAUCUUUGGGUCAUUCGCAUCCCCCAACAAAGACUUGCAUCCAAUCAGGUCUUUACUUUGACUUGAUGUGUCAUUCACUUGCAGGAAUGGUUGAAUUUGUAACUGCUGUGAACACAACACAAAAGAUUUAUGUUGCUGAUAAGAAGUGAAAAGCGGAGCUGAAACUGACAUGCUUUAAAUAAUCCACGAAUAUAUAUAUUAUAUUUAGAACUGACCCUCGAUACCUAAGCCUCGAAGACCGGGCUUGUGUGUUAGACACCACCUACUUUUAAGACGGCACUAAAGAGUUAAAUAUGAGUUUUAUCCACUGAGUUUUACAGGAGCCCAGAUGCACAACUUUAUGGUGUUUAAGUGUAAAUUACCCUCAGAAAAGCAGCAAAGGGGAAGCGGAGAGACUUUAUGACUUCGACUCUUUUUUCCCAGACUUUAAUGUGGAGUUUUCUUCUGUGUUUAUUAUCCUCAUAUAUUUACACUGACUGUAAAACAGGAACAUGGCUCUCGUUAACCUGAUUAUACGGCGAGAGAGAUGACAGAGGCUCUAAUUCUGCUUUAUUAGGACUGUUUUUUUCCCGUCCCUUUCUGAGGGGUAUCAUAAGCUGUUUUAAAUCAAAGCGUCACCCCGCUUUACACCGAGAGGUCAUGUGGGUUAACUUCUGUUAUUUCACCGUGCACUGUCUCAUUAUUCUCCCUCCAAACCGGCCCUGCGGGACUCCCAUUUUAAUUAGAAACACCGAAGAUUAAACUGAAGUUAGUAUUCACUCAUGUGAUUAAGGGACUAAUUGAUACCAGGACUAAUCACGAGAACGGCUUCACCAAUCACAGAGGCUCCGAAGUCCUUACAGGCUUAUCUUUCUUGCCCCUCAAAAAAUUAAUUUUUAGUAUCUAUGGUUUUUCCUCCCACCCUUUAUUCCACUAAUGAAACAGUGCCGACUUUAGCGGGACUCUAAUGUAUUUCAGUGACUUUGCAUUAAUUGUGCAAACACAAAAGCAAUUUGCGUUUCCUGUCGGAAUAAUGGCGCUGCUCCUCAGACUGAUCACACUCUUGUGCGCUCCCUAAUUGAUCCAACUAUUACCAGCCUAAUUUACCAAGCACAAAAACUACACAGUCGACUACAAAAACAGCAGGAAAUAGAAAUGAUUGUCAGAGUUUGAAGGUCGCCUGGUGACAUGAGGAAGGAGCUCAAACGACGGAACACAAAAAUAUGAAGUUUGCAGUUUUAACCCUUAGAACUCCCAGAUAUAUUUUGCCAUAUUUAGUCUGCCUGUUUUUUUUGUUUUGCAGAAAUCUAUGUAGCAACUCUAUCCUUUCAAGCACAGUUAGUUUAUGGGUGCAGAAAUUAUGUAAAAUGAAUGUGACAGUAGAUUCAGAACCAUCAAAGUCAACCAAAAAACAAAAACGGAAAUUGAUCCCAACAGAACUUUGCUCAAAAAACACAUAAAUCUACAGUGACCAAGCCUUUUCUCACCUGCACAUCAUUCUCUCAAGUCUUGGCUAUCAGGAGAAGAAAUAUUGGGAUUGGAACAAACACACUAAACACACUAUUGACAUAUUUACACUCAUUCUUCCAGGCGUUUUUUUUACUAUUUAGUUGUUUAUUCCACUCCUUGAAGCAGUUCCUGUCUGGAAUGAGACCGAGGACCACAUCAUACUGCUCAGAAUCUCUUCUUUGCUUGUUUCUAAACAUUGAGGACCAAUAUUUCUGAUUUUGUAGACAAGCAGAGAACUUUCUUGUCUCUUGUUGAUCUUUGGUUGCCUCUUAUUGGACACUACCAUCAAGGGAACAAUAGAAGAAGAGUACGAGACCAUGUAAUUGGUCGAAAGUUUGACAGAAUAAGACGUCAUCAAAACAGCUUGUCAAACCUGGAAGACAUUAGCAGCAUUAAUCGAUAGCGAUCUGUUUUUAUCACAACAAUAUGAUAAAUAAUCCUGUUUUCACCGGUAUAUCACCGCGGAUUUACCAUCAAACGUCUCUGAUCAAACACCUAUUUUUGUGGCUGGAUUGUAAACCUUGUGGCAGGUGUAGAAAUGACAGGAAACCCUCGAUAGAUCGCCAAAAGGGUAAGUUUUUGAAGACUUUUCAUCCCAUAGAGAUACACGGUAUCGUUCCUGAGAAACUGUAAACAAUAGUAGUGGUGUCACGCAAGUCCCCCUGUGGUGUCCGUUUUUUGAUUUCCUCACUCUUGACUCACUUUGUGUGAUUUCUGUGUUUCUCUCACCUGUAGCUGGAGUACACGGCCCGGCUGGACUUCCUGUGGCGUGUCCAGGCCAAAGAGGAGAUCAACGAAAUGAAGGAGCUGCGAGAACACAACGAGAACAUGCUGAGGAACAUCCUGCCGAGUCACGUGGCCAGACACUUCCUGGAGAAGGACCGAGACAACGAGGUGAAACUUUGAUAUAGAGACACAGUUUAGUGGAUUCUGGUUAAACUGGCAUUUGGAGCAUCAUCUGGAGCGUUUCCAAAGCUUUUGGAACUACCAGUUAUUCAGCCCCCAAAAUGGGUAAAAAUGAGGCCUUGGUUUGUAAUUACCCCUGCAGAUGUUUAACUGAUUGUAGACUAAACUGGUAAAUUAUCACCAACUCAUCUGCACGUUUCACCUCAUUUAUCGCCACAGAUCCCGCUCUGAAAUUAGUCCCCUUCUUUUUUAAAAUAUGAAAGAACUCUCGGUAAUUGCUUUUCACACAGCUGCACAGAGAAACGAACACAGAGGGUCAAUUUAUCCAGUUUGGAAGCUUUUUUGGUCGCGUGCGUUUGAUUUAAUUCUAAUAAUAUGCUGUCAGCCGGCGGCACUGAUUUGUCUCUCCAUCAGCAGUGACUCAGCUGCCCCGACGCUGCAGACAGUCACAUUCUGCAAAAAUUCUCUUUGUGUCCCCCCUUAUCUCCACUGGCCUUUUCCUUUUGUACUCUAAAUUGCUCUGAAUAGCACACUCGACAUGUGUCAGUGUUCCCACAUGAACAAGAGGGAUAUGAGGGAAGCUAGAGCAUGUUUGAACAUGUUUUAAACCAGUUAUCACAUUUAACGUUAAAUUGUGACUGGACUUUCAGCAAAAUCUGAGCAGAGUACUUUGGAUCCUUGACCGUGCUUUAUUUAUAAAGCCAUGAAUGGUGAUCUAUCCGUUGCUUUCCAUGUAUUUAUGCUAUGAUUGGUCAUGAGCCAGGGUUCAACAAAAGGGAAAAGGACCCAAGUGCAGAUUCAAAAAAUGAUUUAUUAAGAAGAACUAAAUGAAAAGCAACAAAAAAACGUACUUGAACAUAUCCAACUGAAAAACCCAAAAGGCAAAAUCCAACAAAAGUCACUGAGGGGAAAAACCACAAGGAGACAACUGGAGACACAAGCAUCAAUGUCCGACACCCAAUGAACCAACAAAGACAGAAGGGAAGACAGGGACUAUAUACACACUGGGAAACGAGCAACAGGUGAACUCAUGGGUGAUUAACUAAGGUGGGAGAACUAGGGAAGUAAAACCAGACUAUGCGGACGCUUAACCGAUCAGUCGUGGUGAAGAAAGAGCUGAGCCGUAAGGCAAAACUCUCGAUUUACCAGUCGAUCUACAUGCCGACUCUCAUUUAUGGCCAUGAACUUAAUGUAAUGACCGAAAGAACAACAUCGCAGAUACAAGCGGCUGAAAUGGGUUUCCUUCGCAGGGUGUCCGGGCUCAGCCUUAGAGAUAGGGUAAGGAGCUCGGACACUCGGGAGGCGCACAGAGAAGAACCGCUGCUCCUCUACGUCGAGAGGAGUCAGCUGAGAUGGCUGGGUCAUCAGGUUAGGAUGCCUUCUGGACGCCUCCCGUCAGAGGUGUUCUAGACAUGCCCCACCGGGAGGAGACCUCGUGGCCGGCCCAGGACCAGGAGGAGGGAUUAUAUCUCUCGCCUGGCCUGGGAGCGCCCGGGAAUCCCCCCUGGCGGAGCUGGUGGAAGUGGCCGGGGUGAGUGCCGUCUGGGCUUCCCUGCUGAAGCUGCUGCCCUCGUGAGUUUAGGGUCCUGUUUGCCACCCCAGCAGAUUGGAGGGCGUGGCCUGAUUUGGGGCUUGUUGUCACUGAUUGUUUAACCAAAUAAUCCUGAAGUGUGUGGCAUCAGUGGAACUGUCAUACUGCUGUUCACAUGACUGAGUCCGAUUAAAACUGGUUUGGACCUCAAAGUUGUCUCGCCUAAACACAGAUGAUAAUGCAGAGUUGGGAGCAUUUCAGACAUAGUUUUUUACAGGCUCAUCUCCAACUUUUUAUGGGUUUCCUGAUAAACAGAAGUGAAGCUGAGUCCUCUUUUCCAAAAUCAAUGGACGACAUCACUGAGACUGCAUUAUCGUCAAACAUAGUAAAUGGUGGAGCAGGAGUCUGACUUCCUUUCUGGUUAAUAUUAGUAUUUUUUAAUCAUAUGGUUUUAACAGUUUCUCCAUCUUCUCAGCAUGAUUCACAAUUUUUUCUGCUGAUUUUAAGAUUUGAAAUGAAGUAUCUCUGUCUUGAUUGUCUUGUCCAAAACUUCUUGCAAUCCUAAAACUUGAUUUUUCGUGAAAGCGUUCACCCCGAGGUGAAGAUUCUAGUUAAACAGACCAAGAAACUCUCUUAAAUCCUGUUCAAACUGCAGAAAAUGAAAAAAACUGUCAAAUCAAAGGCUGAUUAACAUCAUUUUUAAUCUGAAAAUGACUUUGGGUUGAAUCUAUUAAAAAACCAAUCAGCAGGGGCUCAGUCAAUUUCGCUAUCGUCUUUCUUGGUGUAAUUUUUAGGGGGGGGAAAAAGUGACAUGAAAACGGCUUCUCCUUUUUUUCUGCCCCAGUUGAUUUUCCUCAUCCACCAGUUUAGUAAUGGCUGAUUGUACUGGUGGGCAAGCAGAACAGUUAUCGCACACCAGAGUCAAAUCACUUCAUUGUCCUCGUCUCUCCUCAUUGGACUCCUUCAUUAUCCAAACCUCCGAUCUUCCGUCGCCCCCCGAACAAAAAGGCGAGCCGCGGAUGAAUUAUGAAUGUCAGGAGAGGAGAGCUGAUAUCAUUCUGCUGCUAAUUAAAAAGGACACGAUUAGAAAUGCAUCCAUCAGGAAAGGUUGGGUCCUAAUCACUUGUUACAUUAUUAAUCAGCCUGUUUAUUGUUCCCUGAUUUAGUAGCUGGAGUAUUGGGUCAUUUAUGGGCUCCACUGAGGGGUCGAACAUCUUUGGAAUUAAUCAGGUGACAAAUAGAUGUCAGUCAUGAACUCCAGUUUUUGUUUAUGUCUGAAGAUGUCGCUCAUGACUACUCCAGUUGUAAUUUAAACGAUGCUUAACAAUAAUGACAUAAUUACAGGUGUUUCUUCCCUGAUUGUGAUACUUAUUUUCUUUGCUAUAUUUAAGAAAUCUCUACAAGUUCGAUUUCUGACUGUGAGAGAUAAUAGGAAUUGGUUUGGAAACAACACAGAGCCGUACAGGAUCAUUCAGAGUCUAUAGAUAAGCAUGUGAGAUUUAAGUCACAGCUAGUUAAGCUGCAAAAAAUUCGUAGCAAAAUUUAGGGUCUUUUGUUUAAUAAUCAGGAAGUUUUUACCCUGAGUCUGAUUAAACUUUCUCUUCUCCCGAAAAAACAAGAUGCUGACUAAAAACCAAAUUGAGGAAAAAAAAAAAAAAAAAACAGAAUAAAGUGGUUUCAGGUUGGAAAAGAAAGUGUUAAUAGCUUGAACUACCUCUGCUGAGGCUUCAGGGGCUGCAAGCUGAGCUGCCACAUCCUUGUUUGUUUGGUGUUCGGCUUAUUUUAGUUGUCACCAUUCUUUAAAGCUACAAAAACACCCUGUUGGACAUCUUCAUGUAACAAAUCUGUUACUUGGACUUCUUUCUCUGGGACUUGAGGAGCUGUAAUGUUGCUUUUAGAAGAACUCUAAGAAAAUGAGUAUCAGCUGUGGAUAUGUCUCAACUGUAGAGCCAAUUCUGCAUCUAUGUUUACAUUUGAGACGGUGUCCUACAGCGGAAAAAGUCUCAAACUGUAUGUUAAAGAAGCAGGACCUGCAGGAUGAGCCCUGCUUAAAUCUCUGAAGACUCGGAGAAGAACCAGAAAAUUAGAUGAGUUUGACUUUUCCCAACUUUCACUUUGAUGCACUGACAUUUGACUGAGCUCAUUAAGUGUGCAUAAUGUCAGUGGGGAUGUCACAAUGAUGUCAGGGGCUCACUUUCACGAGUGAGUAAUUACAGUAAAAAGCCAUGCAGAAUACAGAAUAGGCAAGAGAGAGAGAGAGAGACAGAAGGAGACAGAGAGAGACGUGACUCCUUAAUAAUGGAUGUGAAAUGUUUAACAACGCUGGACAUGAAGUCUGUUAUUAAAAUGCUUACAUAAUGACAUGAUAAAUUACUGCAUGUGACAACAUUAGUAUGUGAGGACAUGCCGCUUCAUGUCAUCAGCUGCUCUGCUCCUUUAUGUGUCCACAUUGACCCCUAGUGGUAAAGAUAGUGUAGUGCAGCAGCCAUACAACCUACUGCAUCAUGAGAUAAAGACUGUGAGGUUUCAGUGUUCCUGAGCGAGACUCUCAACAAUCUUCAAAACAAAUGCAACUGCUUUACUAUCACGAUUUCCAAAAAGUCAGGAUCCUCAAAACUUUGUUCAAAACGGAGAAACGAUUCAACUCUUCUUUCAACAAAACCUCCUGAUGUUUGACAAUCAAGGGGACCAGUUUCCUGAGUCCCUGAAGGGAAAUGUUUGCCCCUUAAUUAAGUCUUUUUUAACAGAGCUCAGGCACAAAGAAGUCUUAGGUGUCUCUGGAUCAUGUUUUCAUGUGGUUUCCUCUUUGGACGGUACAGUUUUUAUCUGCAUUUGUAGUUCUAGCAACAUAUUUUUGUUCACAGACUAUGGUUUUUGGUGGUAAUUUUGGACCCCUGCAGUAAUUUCCACCACAGAGUGGAUUCAACAGAGUGCUACCUGGAGGCCCAAAGAUCACAGCCAUUUUCUCUAGCCCUGCUUUGAUUUUCUUAUAAUGUAUACUGAAUACUGUUACAGGUUUUUCAUUUCAACAAAAUAUCUCAAUAACCUUGCUUCUAAGUCGUUUACAUCUUGCAUUGAGAGGACAGCCCUCAGAAUACAGGCGUUUCCCUCGUUUUGUUCAGUCCUCACUAGUAGAAACGUUCAUCUCUAAAGUAUAUGUUCAUAAACAUGAGGAAAACCUGCUGCUUGAAUUGUUUUUAGAUCUGUUAUUAUGAUUACAACAACAGACUGUAGUCCUUCAGUUUUUUGUUUUGUUUUGUUUUUUCAUUUCUAUACUUUUCCAAACUGACCUGGAAACAAUUCACAUUAAAUUCCAUAUCAGUCAUACUAAAAAGGAACCAGAACAAAUACUGGAAAUAACAAUAACAUUUAAAAAUAAAUCAUACCUGCCAGCAUUUGGGUUAUAAAAUCCGGGAGAUUUGUACGAUGCACGUCAGGCAGUUUUGGGGGUUACCUUGACAUUAAAUCAGUAGCCUCUAACGUUAGCUGCCGUCGUUAUUUAUAAUUUUAUAGCUACGCUUUGUGACACAUCGUGCAUAUUUUAUUGCAUAAAGACUAUCUGGACGAACAUCUACCCGUCCCGUGGCAUGUAGCCUUCCAAAGGGCAGUAUUUUAGUCGCAUUAGGCGAGCCUACAGCCCUGAUGUCAAGUGUUCGGGGUUUUCGCUUCAACUACAGCGCUAAGAGAUGCACACCUUCAUGCUAACAGUGAACUCAAAUAUCAGGGGACGUUGGUGUUACAAUGCUGCGUUAGAGUUACCUCGGAAAUCAGAAGUCCCAGCUGAAAAUGACGUGACACCCGAGUUACCAGCGGUUCCGUUACAAAGUCGGAAAAAGCAAAAUCGGAGGCCUGAAACAAGACGGCUAAACAUACAAAGGUUAUGUUAGCGCUUGAUUUAUAUUCGGACAAGGUACGUUAAGAGAACUUUCGUCGAUGUAGCCAUCUUGUUUCCACCUCCGAUAUCUGACUUCCGAGGUUCCUCAAAUGCACCAUAUGCAACACAGGUUGAAGAAUGAUCGCUUCCCGCGCUGAGCGACGUUGCUAUUUUUAGCUCUCUUUCUGUAUAACACGCUCAAGUCCAUCAACAACACACUUAAAACUCGCGCUAUGUUUUAUUUUAACAUUGUUUAGAUGUAAGAGUAUACAUUUUGUGGAUUUUACAGUGUACAAACCUGGAAAAACACAGGAGGAAAGUUGGAGAAGAUGGAGACCCGAGUCAUUCAUUUUCCCUCCCGAAUUUUCUCUGAUGAGGAGGCGGUCCCUCAAGAAAGUCAUCCGGGCACAACUCACCCUGGCUCAUUAAUUCCCCUUUUUCUUCUUCUUCUCCUUAAUGGAGUUUAUUAGCGGUUGGGAAACUAUCUUGAAUGCGCAUUAACACCAUCUACUGGACUGGAGUGUGGGGCAGUAAAUUGGCAGAAAAAAUAGAUACAAAAAAUAAAUAAAAUAAAAUAAAUAAAAAUAAGGAAAUUAGAUCAUCUCCAUUAGCCCUGUAUUUUUCAAAUAUGUCAUUAAAUGCUUGAGCAUAACUUCUGACUCUGCUCAAGGUUCAAGGUAACUUUAUUGAUACCCUUAGGUAGAUUUGUUUUGCAGUCUGGAAAGAGGCACAGACCACAGACCAAAGACAUUGACAGGUACAUCACUGAGGUAGAGCUGAAAUAAUAUAUUGUUUUAAUGGUGGGACAGUGUCAACAGGUAGAGCUGAGAUCAUAUAUUGUUUUAAAUGGUGAGACUUUCUGAUCCUUUCUGAUUGGUUGAAAUUGCUCGUCCGACAUCACUCUUGCUGUUUCGUGUAACUUGCUGUUGUGAUGUGGUUUUGACCAAUCAGAAUAAAGUAUGUAACAUCCAUGGGUUAUCAAAAAGAUGAAAAUCAAACCUUCACAUUCACAAACACAUGUUUAAAAUGAAAAUUUGUAAGUGGGGUACUAUUUUAGCAUCUGUUAAACUAAAUUAGGACCAAACAUUUAAAAUCUUGGAGGUUAAAUAAAUCAUAUGUGAACCAAAGAUUGUGCCAAACUGAAAUACUUUAACACAUUCUUUCAGCAGAGAAAUAAUAAAUGUUCAAUCUGUGGUUUCUGUCUCUACAGGAGCUGUACUCACAGUCCUACGACGCCGUGGGCGUCAUGUUUGCAUCCAUUCCCGGUUUCGCUGACUUCUACUCGCAGACUGAGAUGAAUAACCAGGGAGUCGAGUGCCUGAGGCUCCUCAACGAAAUUAUUGCAGACUUUGACGAGGUGAGGCUGCAGACUUUGAAGUGCACCCGACACUACUUCAGUUCAACUUUUCGACAUGCAGCAGACCGUGUCUGGCUCCUUCAGCCUCUUUCAUUUUUGAUUAAAACCUCCAUCGUAUCCCCUGAAACACUUCAAACCAGAUUGAUGCAAAAGCAGAAAUAACAAUAGGGCCUGUGUCUGUGUGGUAUCAGGAGGCAGUUACUUCAGAUAAACACUCCAUGCACAGAGAUAAUGGACACUUCUCCUAUGAGGUACGCUGUUAAGACGUUCCCAGGUUCAACCUUUUUCAUGUAUAAAGUUCUCUCUCGAGAUUCAGCAGAUAAUCUUUUAAUCUUCUCUGAGAAAUUUGAAUGUCUGGACUGUGGCUGGUUGGGGAAGGAUUUCCUCAAAAUGUGUCAUCUUUCUUUGAAAGUUUUCUGAUAAUUCAAGCGUGGGGUAACAGAUCAGCGUUCAAUAAAACAUCAGUGAACACAGUUUUUCUGGAAAAAUGUAAAACUGUAAGGCUUUACAUGAAAGGUAGAAAUAGCCUCCAAGUUAGAAAAGUGGCGCCAGUUCAUAACUGUCCGCACUUGCAUUUAGUUUAGCAACCAGCAGGGGGCGACUCCAGUGGCUGCUACAAAGAAUUGCAUAUACUGUAGAUGUCUAUUUGAGACUGACCCCCAAUUUUUAAAUUGGGGGUAAGGCCCUAUGCAGAUGACUACAUGCUUCUAAAUGACUUGACUUGUAGACUUUAUAAUACAUUGAUGUAGUGUCAGUGACGUCACUUUUUGUUUGAGGAGUUUUGAAGCCUAUUAGCAGCGAUUUCCAUAUUGGUAAUGCUAACUCAACCUAACUUUCAGUUGCUGUUUUACUUCAGCUUCCCGUCCACGUUUAAACAUGAUUUUUCCUGUCCACAAGCCCAUUCUGAAAUUAUUUACUGAGGAACAAUCCUGUCAUCGGUUUCAUACAAUCAGACUUCUUUUAGCAGCCAGUGGAGUCGCCCCCUGCUGGUCACUGGUUUAAGAUUCUACUUUGCAUUUACACUUUGUACUGUCCUUGGUGUCUGCAGGAAAACAAUCCAACUAGAAAGCAAAAAGGUAUAUCCUUGAAACUCAGUCAAAACACCUCAAAAAGACAAGAAUAGAGUCAGGAGAAGUACUAAAAUAACUCUGGAGAAGAUAGACGUCAGAUGCAGCAAAGGUUUCUUCUAUUCCAGCAAACAAAAACGGGAGACGUCUCUGAGUAAACCAUGAGUCAUCUCCAGGGAAGGCUGAAAAAUACUGUCUUGAAGGUGGAGUUUGACUAUGGGUGUAUUGAUUAGUGGAUCACAUCACAAUAUAACAUUACUACAUGAAAAACAAAUCAUUAUUUUUAGUAUAUUUUGUCAGGACUGUAAGAUUAAACCUUCUUGAAACUCUCCUCAUGUUUACAGAAAGAAUGAAUCAGCAAAACAAAACAAACCCUGUCUUAUUCAACUCCCAUUUCACCCUCACUUAUCUGCUUCUCAGGUUCAUGUUCAAACCCUCCCCACUCAGACACAAAGAGUCUUUCUGCAUCUAAUUUUUUUAAUGUUCAUAUCAUUUUUUUUUACUAUAUUAUAUGGAUUAAAACCAAACUCCAAUCCAGUAUGAGCAAAAUAAAAGACAAGCCUACUUACAAUUUUACCCCAUAGGCCUACUCGUGGUAGUGUCAGUCAAGAAUCUGUUCAAUUCAGGUCAGCUGCAGCAGCUACAGCUCCAGUUCUCAUGGGGAAACACUCCUCUGUCCGGCAUGUCCUUGAAACGGGAGGAAGACUCUCAAAACGCCACCAAACAGACUUUAAAUCAUAUGAAAGAAGACCCUACUGUCAGUCAGAUUAAGGACAGGCAAAACAAGGGAACAAAGAUGACAUUCUGUUUUAUUUGUCUUCUAUCUUGUUUUCUGUGGCCUAGAAUCCUAAAUUCUUCCACUCAGUGCUUCUCAGAUGUUUUUGUGUCCUGAUUGUCCACUCAUGAUGGCUCUGACUACCUUGAUUUUUGUAGAGAAUCAUUGCUGAAUUAAUUUACCGAGGUCAAGAGUGCUAUUCAAUGCUCAGGAUACGAUGAAACUACCUCCCCUGUCUUUUUUUAAAUGAACUAUUGCUGAUUUCUCUUAGUUGCACCAUGAAUAAGCGAUUUUGUGCGUGUAAGAAUAAAAUAUAAGUACUUGAAACAGCCUGUCAGUAAUCCUCCAUGCUUUAGGCUCAGUAUGAGUUAGCAGGCUCGCUGAAGUUUCCCAAAACUCUGGCACAUCCUGCGUCCCUGUGGACAAACUGAAGUCUACAGGAACUUUACUUUUUGACAGAAAAUGUCAGAGUCUCCUAAUAAGAGCAGAGGCAGACGGACAGACACGCACCAGCUGAGCUUUCUGCCGCCUCGGGCCACAGCCACCAACUUUCUCAUUCUUCACACUUUUCCUCAAACACCAGCAGACUCCUCUUUUCUUUACCCGAGGACAGGAGAGACAUGGCAGAGUGAGUCAGGAUAUUAGCGGCACAGAAUCGGAUCAGAAUGACACUUUUUCAAGAUAGGAUCCGCAACACAAACACAAUAACCAUAAAGUGAAGCUGAAGUUUUUAAAUCAAACACUUUAUGUUAAACAUCUCUCCUUGUGUUUCUCGUCACAGUUGCUUGGUGAGGAACGUUUCCAGGACAUCGAGAAGAUCAAGACGAUCGGCAGCACCUACAUGGCCGUCUCUGGGCUGUCUCCUGAGAAACAGGUAAGAUUCAUCUGGCUUUGUCUGACUCAUACCUGUGCCGAUGCCGGUGACUCACCGUGUGAUUGAACCUUCAUGCAGGACCUGAUUAAUGUUUGCAAUACCGGGGGAGUUUAAUUUGGAGCUUUUCUGCAGUUAUAUCUGCUCCGAUUACACUCUCAAGUCACAAGCAGUAAAAACAUAAUAUCAGAAUCAGAAUCAUCAGAAUACUUUACUUAUCACCGGGGGGGAAGUCUAGGAAAAACAGUAAGAACAACCUAUUGGAAUUCUGGCUUUGAUCUUGGAAUUCCAGCUUUGAUCUUGGAGUUCCGGCUUUGAUCUUGGAAUUCUAAUAUUUAACUUGAAAUUCUGACUAUAAUCUUGAAAUUCCGGCUUUUAUCUUGGAAUUCUGGCUUUGAUCUUGGAAUUCUAACAUUUAUCUUGAAAUUCUGACUGUAAUCUUGGAAUUCCGGCUUUUAUCUUGGAAUUCUGACUAUAAUCUUGGAAUUCCGGCUUUUAUCUUGGAAUUCUGGCUUUGAUCUUGGAAUUCUGGCUUUUAUCUUGGAAUUCUAACAUUUAUCUUGGAAUUCUAACAUUUAUCCUGAAAUUCUGACUAUAAUCUUGGACUUCCGGCUUUUAUCUUGGAAUUCUGAAAAACCCACCAGGAGCUUGAAUCCAGCCGUCACUGCCGAGGUGAUCCCAGCAGAUUAACGAGCAGACGUGUAAUAAAUCAUGAUAUAUGGCAGCACUUUUAGUAGAAGUAGAGAUAAAACACCAGUAAAUGUCUGUUUGUGAAGCAGAAUCUAAAAAAUGGUUCAUCAUCCAGUGCCCUGAGAUCAGUAUUCAGAGUACUCCUUGUAUAUGGAAACCCUUUUCUGGACACACUUCAUCUCUCGAGAGACUAAUGACCAGUUUCAUGUCUGCCCUCCAGCUGCUCCUUUCCUCCUGACAUUUAGCUGACUCACACUCUUCUUCCUCUCUCUCUUCUCUUCCUCCCACAGCAAUGUGAAGAUAAAUGGGGUCACCUGUGUGCGUUGGCUGACUUCGCCAUCGCCCUCAAAGAGAGCAUCCAGGAGAUCAACAAGCACUCGUUCAACAACUUUGAGCUGAGGAUUGGUGAGAUCUUUCAGUUCCUCUCUGUUUAUUCAAUUUCAUUUCUAAUCAAGUUUUCUGAUUGUACUUCUGAAAUUUGGCAUUUUCUAAAUUGCUUAACUGUAACAAAAAUGGUACCAUAUUUGACGUUUAGAAACCCACCUCUGAGGACAGUUUAAAGUUAAUAAAGGUACUUUCAAACAACGUGUCUUGUUGUCAUUUCUGGUUCUGGUCUUGAUUCAUGUACCAGUCCACUCUGUUUAACAUCUUAACCCAUCCGUUAUUUGCAGGAAUGGCCCAUGGCUCAGUGGUGGCGGGGGUGAUUGGUGCGAAGAAGCCUCAGUACGACAUCUGGGGGAAGACGGUGAACCUGGCCAGCCGGAUGGACAGCACAGGGGUCAGCGGCAAGAUCCAGGUUCCCGAGGAGACCUACCUGAUCCUGAAGGAGCGCGGCUUUGCCUUCGAGUACAGAGGCGAGAUCUACGUGAAGGGCAUCAGCGAGCAGGAGGGCAAGAUCCGAACACACUUCCUGCUGGGCCGUGUGCAGCCCAACCCGCUCAUCCUGCAGCCGCGCAAGAUCACCGGCCAGUACUCACUGGCCGCCGUGGUACUCGGUCUGGUGCAGUCGCUCAACAGGCAGAAGCAAAAGCAGAUCCUCAACGAGAACAACAACUCGGGCAUCAUGAAGGGCCACCACCACUACAACCGGAGGACGUUAUUAGCGCCCGGUGGCUCGGAGGGGGGAGGGGGGCAUCACACCGAAGCAGCGGAUAAGACUGAGCUGUCCUGAAGAGCAGACUGGAGUUUUGGUUCCACACUGAUGUCCUCGAGGCAGAGCUGCUCUGCAGGCAAAAAUAAGCCCCAUGGUUGAGUUAAACUUCAGUGGCUACAGCUUACGAGCUAAUUUUACACAACUUAGUACUAUAAGAAGAGAGCUGUAGCAGGUUCAAGCUCUUCAGGGCUCAAUGAAAACUCAGCACAAUGAUAUCUGAUAGGGCUGCACUGAUUAAGAGAAUCAGUUAUGAAAUUAGUUCUGACCAAGUAACCUUAUUGGACGAGAGGCUUCCAUGAGUGCCAAUAUAGAGAAUAACACCCCAGGAACUCUUUACUCAGUGUAUCAAAGUGGUUCCUUGGUAGGCUAUAGGCCGCUAAGGUCACUCUUAGUGGCUCCUUUGUUUUUCAAGCCCUUUCGAUCAAAGUUCUUUACAAAGGUCUAGAAACUGACUUGUUCAAGGUUCUGUGUCCACUCAUGCCAUCUUUCCAUGAAGCACCCACAAUCCCAGUUUUUUGAGUGCUUCUUACUGUUGCAAGGUACUGAACGGUGUCCCAGGCACUUCUGACUGUCUUCAUGAUGAUAAUGAAUGUGCUUUGUAUGUGAUUUUAUUCAGUUGAAUCUUAAAAAAAACGAAACAUAAAAACAAUUCAUGGAAACUUGAUGGAAAUUUACCUCAAGGUAUAGUUGUUACGCCUCAAUAUGGAGCUCCUAUUAUUGCUGACAAGGUUGAUAUCAGAAGUGUUCAAAACUCUAAAUUUCACUGAGUUUUGUACAACAUCUAGGCACUGCCAAUGCGAAUAAUGCUGUUAGUGGACACAGGCCCUUAAUUCUCAAGAUCUUCCAACCUUACUCAUAAUGCUGUUUGUUGAGCUGUUGCUUUAAAACAGCAUCACACUCAAGGUCAUGAAGUGAUCGUCUUCAGCUCUUAGCUUUUGGGCUUUUGCCUGUUUCUGAAUCAUAUCAGUGUUGAUAUUGAAAAUAAUAACUUCUUAUUUAACCUCCUUGGCUGCUUUAAAGUCAUUCAGAAUCAACCAAUUUUCAGUUUCUACAUCGUCCAAGAGAAAUCUUUGUAUAAAACAAACUGUUGUAUUGGUAUUACAAUGAAUGGAUACAUGGUACACGAAGUAGUAAAUUCAAAGGUCUUUUAUAUAAACAUAAACAGGGCUAUCCUUUAGCUUUAUGAGACAAAUAAACAGGGCUCCUUUAAUCCUACCGCGCUGAAGGCAUCAAACUUAAAGUGAUGGUUAUUUUACCAACAUUUUUAAAUAAAAAGUAGCCUCAAGUAGCUUACCUUUUCUUCGUGGUUUAAACACUGACUUUCCAGACAGUCUGCUGAACAAGCUAGCUGUCAUUUUAACAGCAUAGUCGCCGUGUAAGAGUAAGUGAAAACACGUAAACCAAAGUAAGUCCAUUUCACGCUAGCUAGAUGUGACAAUUAGUCUAAAUACGAUCAUAGGAAACAUUUCUCUGGCUCUUCCCACCGAAGUGUAACUCAGCCAAUGAGAUUCUUUCUGCCUCCUGAAGCAGCUCUGCUCGUGAUGAAUGUUUGUAGAACUGAAACUCCACCAUGUCCCAGAAUGAGGAGGAGGAGGAGGAGGAGGAGGAAGAGGAGGUGGUGGGGAAAGGACAGAUUUUCACCCGCCCUCAUACGUUGAUGUCUUUUUGACUGAUACUCCCCCCGGACUGUGUGACUUUCCUCCCGUCGUUUCACUUUCCCAUUUUUAUGUCGCCCAGACUCCAUCCCGAACCCCCCUUUACCCAGAUCCCAGAGACCCUGUCCCGUUCUGACCUCGCCUGGUGUCGAUGUUUCUUUUUUGUAUUUCUUUUAUAUAUGAGAGAACACAAUAAAAAGGGGUCUAAUUUUUUAUAAAAACUG